UGCUCGUCAAGCGGUCCAAUGGAGGAUGGGAAGCCGGUGUGGGCGCCCCACCCAGCAGAUGGGUUCCAGCUGGGGACCAUAGUGGACAUAGGAGCAAACAGCUUGACCAUCGAGCCGCUGAAACAGGGGCAAAAGGUAGGCGAUCAUACACGCAUACACACACGCGAAAACAGACGUUUUUUGCACAUAGAGAAUUCACAUAAUUGUGGUGGUGGCCAUCAGUAGGCAGGUUUCUAUUGCACCAGGUUUAUUUGACAAAGGCAACCCCCCCCCCCCCCCCCCCAAAAAAAAAUAAACAUUACGACAAGUUUAAUGGAAACGGCAGCUAUUGGAUAAAUGCUCUAAAGAUCAACAUAAAAAAAAAAUCUGUUUGACGGGUGGAUUUGUCUUUAGUCUAACUUUAUUGUGACAAAUUAUGAUGGUAACAGUGUUUUUCGAAUAACUCAUGAUUGACGAGGGGGGGCUUCCACUCCACAUUUGUAUUUUAAAUAUGUACUGCUUGCUAAAUCAAAUAGUUUCUUUGCAAGACAAGGCUUGUCCUGACUUGUUUUGCCUUGUUUUUCUGGUUGGCUGGAUGCAAGUUUCACCAUCCAAUUAUUUCAGAUCUACAGGAGUGCAAGUUUCACCAUGGCACGGACCGUGGCAAUACCUAGAAAUGUUAUAAUAUUUUGAAUAUUGCAUAUAUUUGAUGGGGGUGGGGGCCACAAAAAAUCUGAACUCAUCAUGAGGGGUCUGCAUGCCCAUUUUUCCAUGGGGCGGAGAGAAAUGUUUGCAGGUAUUAAUAUGAUAUGAGUAAGACUGACCAACAAAAUCAAUGGGGGCCCCCUGGCUGGUAAUUCGACAAUGAUUGCUAUGUUUAGAUAGCUGGCCGUUAGACUAACUUACCCAUAAAAAUAUAUAAAGUGUAGUGGAAUCGUCUAGGAGCAACAACGGCUCAGCCGCGAAGUGGUAGGCCACACAAGCUCAUGAAAUGGGUUUCCAUGGCCGAGCAGCCACACACAAGGCUUAGAUCAUCAUGCGCAAUGCCAAGCGUCGGCUGGAGUGGUGUAAAGCUCGCCACCAUUAGACUUUGGAGCAGUGGAAACGCGUUCUCUGGAGUGAUGAAUCACGCUUCACCAUCUGGUUUGGUGCAUGCCAGGAGAACGCUACCUGCCCGAAUGCAUAGUGCCAACUGUAAAGUUUGGUGGAGGAGGAAUAAUGGUCUGGGGCUGUUUUUCGUGGUUCAGGCUAGGCCCCUUAGUUCCAGUGAAGGGAAAUCUUAAUGCUACAUCAUACAAUUACAUUCUAGACGAUUCUGUGCUUCCAACUUUGUGGCAAAAGUUUGGGAAAGGCCCUUUCCUGUUUCAGCAUGACAAUGCCCCCAUUGUCGCAAUUCAAUGGCAAUUCAACGGCUCAGACACGAGACAUAUGUGGCAGGGUCUACAGACAAUCACGGACUACAAAAGGAAAACCAGCCACGUCGCCGACACCGACGUCUCGCUUCCAGACAAGCUAAACACCUUCUUCGCCCGCUUUGAGGAUAACAUAGUGCCACUGACGAGGCCCGCUACCAAGGACUGUGGCCUCUCCUUCUCCGUGGCCGACGUGAUUAAGACAUUUAAGCAUGUUAACCCCCGCAAGCCUGCCGGCCCAGACAGCAUCCCUAGCCGCGUCCUCAGAGCAUGCGCAGACCAGCUGGCUGGUGUGUUUAUGGACAUAUUCAAUCUCUCCCUUUCCCAGUCUGCUGUUCCCACAUGCUUCAAGAUGGCCACCAUUGUUCCUGUACCCAAGAAAGCAAAGGUAACUGAACUAAAUGACUAUUGCCCUGUAGCACUCACCUCUGCCAUCAUGAAGUGCUUUGAGAGACUUGUCAAGGAUCAUAUCACCUCUACCUUACCUGUCACCCUAGACCCACUUCAAUUUGCUUACCACCCCAAUAGAUCCACAGACGAUGCAAUCGCCAUCACACUGCACACUGCCCUAUUCCAUCUGGACAAGAGGAAUACCUAUGUAAGAAUGCUGUUCAUUGACUAUAGCUCAACAUUCAACACCAUAGGACCCUCCAAGCUCAUCAUCAAGCUCGAGGCCCUGGGUCUGAACCCCGCCCUGUGCAACUGGGUCCUGGACUUCCUGACGGGCCGCCCCCAGGUGGUAAAGGUAGGAAACAACAUCUCCACUUCGCCGAUCCUCAACACUGGGGUCCCACAAGGGUGCGUGCUCAGCCCCCUCCUGUACUCCCUGUUCACCCAUGACUGCGUGGCCAAGCACGCCUCCAAUUCAAUCAUCAAGUUUGCAGACGACACAACAGUAGUAGGCUUGAUUACCAACAAUGACGAGACCGCCUACAGGGAGGAGGUGAGGGCUCUGGGAGUGUGGUGCCAGGAAAAUAACCUCUCACUCAACGUCAACAAAACAAAGGAGAUGAUCGUGGACUUCAGGAAACAGCAGAGGGUGCACCUCGCUAUCCACAUCGACGGGACCGCAGUGGAGAAGGUGGAAAGCUUCAAGUUCCUUGGAUACACAUCACCGACAAACUGAAAUGGUCCACCCACGCAGACAGUGUGGUGAAGAAGGCACAACAGAGCCUCUUCAACCUCAGGAGGCUGAAGAAAUUCGGCUUGGCACCUAAAACCCUCACAAACCUUUACAGAUGCAUAAUUGAGAGCAUCCUGUUGGGCUUUAUCACCACCUGGUACGGCAAGGGGGUGGUGUGGUCUGCCGAACGCAUUAUCGGGGGCAAACUACCAGCCCUCCAAGACACAUACAGCACCCGAUGUCACAGGAAGGCCAAAAAUAUCAUCAAGGACAUCAACCACCCGAGCCACUGCUUGUUCACCCCGCUAUCAUCCAGAAGGCGAGGUCAGUACAGGUGCAUCAAAGCUGGGACAGAGAGAAUGAAAAACAGCUUCUAUCUCAAGACCAUCAGACUGUUAAAUAGCCAUCACUAGCACAUUAGAGGCUGCUGCUGCCUAUUGAAAUCACUGGCCACUUUAAGAAAUGGAACACUAGUAACUUAAAUAAUGUUUACAGUCACUUUAAUAAUGUUUAAAUAUCUUGCACUACUCGUAUGUAUAUACUGCAUUCUAUUCUAUAAUAUUCUACUGUAUCUUAGUCCAUGCCGCUCUGUCAUUGCUUGUCCAUAUGUAUAUUUUCUUAAAUUCCAUUCCUUACUAGUUUUGUUUGUAUUAGGUAUAUGUUGUGAAAUUGUUAGAUACUACUUGUUAGAUAUUACUGCACUGGAGCUAGAAGCAGAAGCAUUUCGCUACACCCUUUAUAACAUCUGCUAAACACUUGUAUGUGACAAAUAAAAUUUGAUUUGAUGCACAAAGCGAGGUCCUUACAGAAAUGGUUUGUCGAGAUUGGUGUGGAAGAACUUGACUGGCCUGCACAGAGGCCUGACCUCAACCCCAUCGAACACCUUUGGGAUGAAUUAGAACGCCGACUGCGAGCCAGGCCUAAUCGCCCAACAUUAGUGCCCACGAAUGCUCUUGUGGCUGAAUGGAAGAAAGUCCCCACAGCAAUGUUCCAACAUCUAGUGGAAAGCCUUCCCAGAAGAGUGGAGGCUGUUAUAGCAGCAGUGGGGGGACCAACUCCAUAUUAAUACCCAUGAAUUUGAAAUAAGAUGUUAGACAAGCAGGUGUCCAUGUACUUUUGGUCAAGUAGUGUGUAUAUUUUCUUUUUUUUGGGGGGGGGGGGGGGGGAAUUGAUCCGAGGGCCUUCAAAAGGAUCAUGGUAACACUUUUUUAUUUGACACUAGGUUUUUGUAAAAUAGUUUUCAAAAAUGUGCGUGUGACAUUAUUAAAUUCAGUUAUUUUGACCGAGUCAAUUGUCGCAUCUAUUUUCUAUGUGAACUUUUAAAUGUCAACCAAAAAUCGCUGGACAAGUUCAUGGAAACAUAGCUAAUCUUGACACGAAGAGCAUCCAACAGCUAACAUACUAGUGAAACAUCUGCUAUCAAAACUCCCAGAGGCUGUAGUUUAGUCAUUUAUAGAUACUACCCUCCUCCACUAGUACAAAAUGAAGCCCCAGUUUCUGAGGUAAAGUGGCUCUUACCUGGUCAAGUAGGCUUUCCCUUCGAAGCCACCAGUCACAGCUAAUUCACUUUUCCACUAGGCUAGAUAAUGUAUUACGCUCUUGAAGUUAGUGAAACCCAGUUUCUAUGGUAACUCGUACUUCCUUGUGUGGCUUUGUCAUAAAGUGAACGUCCUCCUCAAACAAUUUGCUCACAUAUAGUGUUUACAUCCGGCCCAUUAAUCAUGGGACUCCGUCAGAUCUUUUAUUAUGAAGGAAGCUGUGUGUGUGUGUUUCAGUCAUUUGUAACGGAUGUGUCCAUUCUCUGGCAUUUAUGGUCCGUUCUGUGCUGUAACAGGCAGUGUGAGGGGCACAAUGUGUGUUCUGUCCCUGCGGCAGCCAGUUAGUGCCAGUCUACAGCUCCCUUCCUCCACACCCGGCCUGCUCAGAGCAGCAGCGGCGUACGCAGCCUGGCAGACCCUUGAGGGGGGACGUCAGGAGAGACGGGCUGCUCAGUGCGUGACACCGUGUCACACACAGCCUGAGCCACAAUGGCCGACUCUGUGGCCCACAACGUUAGGUAAUGUGUCCCAGACUGGGUCCCCAAUGGAACCCUAUUUCCUAUAUAGUGCACUACUUUUGAUCAGAGCCCUAUGAGCCCUGGUUGAAAUUGGUGCACUAUAAAGGGAAUAGGGUUUCUUCACUGUUUCACCUCUGCAGAGAGAGCAGAGAGAUAGCGAGAGUAGAGAGAGAGAGAGAGUAGAGAGAGAGAGAGAGAGAUAGAGCUAGAGAGAGAGAGAUAGAGAGAGAGGAGAGAGAGAGAGAGAGAGGAGAGAGAGAGAGAGAGAGAGAGAUGAGAGCGGAGAGCGCGAUCGAGGAGAAUAGCGAAGAGAUAGCUAUAGAGAGCUCUCUCUGCGACUAGAGCUCUCAGCUUCUAUCUCGAUCGCUCCGCGCGCGCAUCCCUCUCUCUCUCUCUCUCUCUCCUGAGCUCUCUCCCUCGCUCUCUCUCCUCGCUCUCUAUCGCUCUCCUCUUCUCUCUCUCUCUCUCUCUCAUCCUCGAGAGGUAGAGAUUGAUUCAGGGGCAUUGCCUCACCUUCCCUCCCUUCCUUCUCCCCCUCUCCUCUUGCCUUCAGUCACCUCACGUGGCUCAGUGCUAUGGAAUCCUGCCAGUUUCGGCCCAGAAUGUGGAACAUGCCAGUGCAGGAAAGAAUGAACCGACUGUACGUCACCUUGGCAUCUCCACUCUAGGAAGUUUUAAAACCUUCUUGCAGUGCCUCUAUUGGAGAGACUAAGCACACAUCCCAAAUAGCACCCUAUUCCCUGUAUAUUGCAAUGCUUUCAAAAGUAGUGCACUAAAUACGGAAUAGGGUGCCAAUUGAUACAAAGCCUAAAUUGCUGGCCCAGAAAAGAGAUGCCAACAGGUCCCCAUGGCACACAGGAGGGAGCUGGCUCUGGAUGGCUGUGUCCCAAAUGGCACUCUUAUUCCCUACAUAGUGCUCUGGUCAAAAGAAGUACACUAUGUAGGGAAGAGGUUGCCAUUUGGGAUGCACAUGCUGUGUCUGGCCUGGCCUAGCUAGCUACACAUCACAGCCCGCCGGACCCACUUACUAGUCUAAGGUCACCCCACGUAUGUUCCCCAAACUAACUUCUGAAAAAUUUGAUAAACGAUUAUAUUUUUCCCUGGUGAAAUGUCUUUGCCACGUGUGGAGUGGACAAGGUAAAGUUGCAGAAGGCUUUUAGCUGGUGCUGUGUUAUAGGGGCAGGCCAGGAGAAUGUAGCUCUCAAACUGGCAUUCUGUCUUCACCCUCCAGUUUUCACCGGUUAACUUCGCCCACAACUGGCUCAUGUAAACUACAAUCCCGACGCUGAGUUUUAACGUUUAGAAACGUCAAUCAUCGCUUGCGAUACGGCUUUCGAAACAUAUGGCCCUUAUCUGAAGAAGGAAUCCUUCAAAUAAAAAGUAUACACCUACUGUAGCAUUUAUGCACAGAUCCAUAAGGCUGUGUGUGCCUCCAUCUGACGAAACUACACUUCCCGAGUUACGCUUACGCACAGGUGUUUGGAGCACACAAGAUGGCUAAUUAGCGCAGGUGGUCGCCUCUGUCUUCCGUCUGUUUCCUGUAAACAAGCGCUGUAACAUGGUGAUAUGGCCCUGUGGGAACACUAACCCUAUAAAGGUGUGUAGUAAUUUAAAGGUGUGUUUUUUUGUUUAUUAUUUCUCGCUGAUAUGAAACGUACCUUCCUUAUGUUUCCAAAACAGUACCGCAAGUGGUGGGUGUUAAUGUUUACAGCAAGCGUCGGGGCUCUUACCAAAACUGCCCCAGUCAGAAGGUACUAUCGUCAAUAGGUGCUAAAGCAGUUGGCGUCUAUGAAUGUGGUAAGAAGAAUGUAUCCAUGCAGAAGGAGAAAGGUGCUGCCAGCCAUCUUAAACUAGCUUUGGUUAGCCUAGUAGUUCAAAAGGGAUUUCACUGUAUGUUUGUUCAUAUUUCCAUGAACAUGAAUGCACUGUAUGUCUUCAGAAAGUAUUCACACCCCUUGACUUUUUCCACAUUUUGUUGUGUUACAGCCUGAAUUUAAAAUUGAUUAAAUUGAGAUGUUUUGUCACUGCCCUACACACAAUACCCCAUAAUGUCAAAGUGGAAUUAUGUUUUUCGAGUCAAUAAGUAUUGAACCCCUUUGUUAUGGCAAGCCUAAAUAAGUUCAGGAGUAAACAUUUGCUUAACAUGUCACAUAAUAAGUUGCAUGGACUCACUCUGUGCAAUAAUGGUGUUUAACAGGACUUUUGAAUCACUAUCUCAUCUCUGUACCCCACACAUACAAUUAUCUGUAAGGUCCCUCAGUCGAGCAGUGAAUUUCAAAAACAGAUUCAACCACAAAGACCAGGGAGGUUUUCCAAUGCCUCGCAAAGAAGGGCACCUAUUGGUAGAUUGAAUAAAGAUUAAUAAACAAACUCAUCAACUUGGUUAACCUGCUAGUGCUCUCUCAUAUGCUGAGUCACGCUAACUUUCAAUCGCAAUGUGUUUUUAUGAUUCCUAAAUAACCCGUAGUACUCACCAGAUGUUUACCUUAAACACAUGCUAUAAGUAACAUGCGCAUGCACGCGCACACACACACACACACACACACACACAUAUAUAUAUAUAUAUAUACACACACACACACACCAGUAACACCAAACUAGCUCCAGCCUCACAACACAAGCCCUGCCUAUGGGCACAUGUAGCUAGAUGUAUUGUUUGUCCUGGGCCAUGCAUGUGUGCUGAUAAUGCUAAUGAAUAAUGCAUGGAGGCUGUGCUCUGCAGUGGAGGUGCUGACCGACAACUGUGGGCCUGAAGAGGGGAGGGGCUGCAGCUUGCAGCCAGCCUCCACAGCACCUCACUAGUUAACUCCCAGCCCCCAGAUCCUGUUUCUGCCUCUCUCCAAAUAAUUCAUUGUCCCUUGAUGUGUCACUCACUGCUGCGUACACCAGGGCCCUUUGAAGCGAUGGCCUUCUUGAACAGUCAGUGUUUUGAGUGACCCAUUGGGAACUUGGGAUUGCAAAAAGAACACGUUGACAGACUUGAAAAGAUGACUGACUUAUAUUGUUAAAAGCAGGCACAUUGAUUGGAAUCCAAAUAGACUUAAUGGGUUGAUUUACUCAUGCAUCUCGCUCCUUUGUGCAUUGUUUGGUAUUUUAGGCCCCAUACUUUUAUUUAUGUAGUUAGUGACCAACUCCUCAACUUUAAUACAUUAGAAAGAGAACAGCAUAGUGUUAGCAGCAUAGUGAAAUACUAAAGUUGUACAGAUGAUUUAAUCCUGUUUCACGUCCAUCUUGUUUUGACAGAGCUUUACGGCCCAGAUCAACCAAGUGUUCCCAGCUGAGGAUGAUGUCAACAAACAUGUGGAAGACAACUGUGAGUUUAUAGCACAAACACUUCUAUUGCUUUUAUGUUUCUGACCAUCUCAUAAAGUUACCCUAAUGAACACCUAAGAGGUUUUGCAGCACUAUACGAAGUAUUAUAAACUGGGUGGUUCGAGCACUGAUUGCUGAGUGGCUGACAGCCGUGGUAUAUCAGACCGUAUACCACGGGUAUGACAAAACAUGUAUUUUUACUGCUCUAAUUACGUUGGUAACCCGUUUUUAAUAGCAAUAAGGCACCUCGGGGGUUUGUGGUAUAUGGCCAAUAUACCACGGCUAAGGGCUGUAUCCAGGCACUCCGUGUUGCGUCGUGCAUAAGAACAGCCCUUAGCCGUGGUAUAUUGGCCACGUGGUAACACACCCUCAUGCCUUAUUGCUUAAAUGAACUCUAUUACAACCCUGAAACUGUUACCCCAAAAAAAAUUUCCACAGAGGAUUUAGGAAUGCCAUUUUGUGACAUUAUGUUCUUAUGUGUUUUCCAUUUCGAUCCAUCCUCUUCUUUGACAGCUUGUAAUUACUGUUGUUUUUCAGGUUCUUUGAUGUACUUGAAUGAAGCCACUCUAUUAAACAACGUCCGCGUGCGGUAUAGUAAAGACAAAAUUUAUGUAAGUACUUUAUAACAGACAACCUGUAUCUAUAUCCUGCUGUCUGCCUCAUCAAUCUUGUUCCAACAGCUGUGCACCAUGAUGAACAGGCCACAGGUUGAACCAGCAAGGGCAAGGCCGAUAGAACACUCACUCAUUAUCAUGUGAAAGCCCUGUCACCUCAGCCACUUCUGUCUCUCUGCACCUACUGUACUUUACUGCAUGUGUGUGUUGUGGUGUGUCCCCUCCCUGAUGGACGGCGUGACGGCCUUGUCACUGUCACUCUGGGCUGCCUGUCAGGUGGCUGCUGGGAGAGGGCCAGUUACAUUGACACACACACACACACACACACACAGUUACAGCGUGUGUCACUGUAACUGUCCUCCCUCCCAGCAGACACCUGACAGGCAGCCCAUAGUGACAAUGACAAGGCCCUCACACUGUCCAUCAGGGAGGGGAGGGGACACAACACAUAUACACACACACACACACAUACACAAAGGCACAGCUAGCUCUUGUCAUCACGGUCUCCCUGCUGGCCCCUGUGUCUACCCCUUUGUAAUCAGCCAGGGAGCAGAGCAGAGCCAGGGAGCACUAUCCUGUUCCCCACUGAACUUAAUUAGGUCGUCUGAGGUGACAGCCAGGCAGGCAGAGGGACGUGGAUGCCAGCUGGUGGGGAGAGGAGAACCAUGGGACACUUGUCUUCCAACAGGUGGCAUCUAGUGGCUGCAGUGAGAAACUGCCUGCUGUGUUCUAUGGAAAUGUUAGGCAGAUAUGCAGUUAGACAAUUCCUUUUAGCAGUGAUGAGACUCAAGUGUUUUGUUUGGUACUUGAGAAAAAGCUGGGUGUUAUAUCAGAAGUGUUUGCCCCAAAAGCAUUUGAUGUGUGUUUUAAGGUACAAUGUAGUGCUGAGUUAUUAACCGAAGUGUUGGUUAUUUUUGGCUUUUUAAACAACUAAUUUACCGACAUCGGUUAAAUUAUUUGAAUUCCAUUUAGUUCCUUUUUUUCUGUGAGCUCAAUGCACAGUUUCUCUAGAGAGAAAUCAGAUCAAGCCCGAACUGUGCGACGUAGUCGGGAGUUGUAGUUUCCAACAUGGCAGAAAUCAUAUUAAUUAACUAUAAUGACCAUAAUCCAUUGCAUGCCUACGUGUCUGGUCUGUGUGGGGCAGACAUGGAGAGUGAGAAAAGAGACAGAAGAAGGUGCGGUCGAGAGGGAUUUAGAAAGUGGUUGCGUCGCGGUGUAUCUACCUGAAAAUACAUGAUCUAAGUGAUUUGAUAGUUGGUAUUCAGCAGACAUGAAAGUAUGCUUUAUUUACUUUUAAGAACUACUAAAAUUGUGAUUUUUGUCAGAUGGCGUAGGCAGCAGCUCUAUAGAGAUGAGAUGCUGACUUGGAAUGAAAUAAUAAAAUCAUCAAAUAAAACAAAACAAAUGUAAUAUACACAACAACUAUAUUUUAUUAAAGUAAUGUGAAUAAAUUAUGGUUAAUAAGGGAAAAGCAGUAAUGGGCAGUCACUACCAUCAUGGGACUUAUUAAUUGAUUUAUUCUGUGUUACAUCAUUCAACCCACAUAAUGCAUAGUGCAUUUAUUGUUUUAAUAAAUUAUUGAAACCGAACCAACUCAAAAAGCACUAAUCGCUCAGCACUAGUACGGUGUCUUGCUAAAAACAGCCUCGUGUACUUGACUAUUUCUGACUUUAGGUUUCUCUUUGUUUAUCUCCCAGACGUUUGUAGCCAAUAUCCUGAUAGCAGUGAACCCGUAUGUUGACCUCCCAAAGCUCUACGCUCCAGAGACCAUUAAACAGUACCAUGGGAGGUCCCUGGGCACCCUGCCGCCCCAUGUCUACGCUAUCGGUGAGUACUGGGGAGGAAGGAACACACAGCCUGCGUUCCAAAUGGAACCCUAUUCCCUAUAUAGUGCACUACUUUGACUAGGGCCCAUUGGGCUCUAGUCAAAAGCAGUGUGCAAUGUAAGGAAUAGGGUGCCAUUUGGGAUGCAACAGACACAAAUAUUUAUCUCUCUGUGCCGCUGUUGGGCUGACAAUGUAUUACACUUUCACAUCUGUCCACUGGAGGGCAGUCUAUAGUAAUUUUUACAGUGGCUUGCGAAAGUAUUCACCCCUCUUGGUAUUUUUCCUAUUUUGUUGCCUUACAACCUGGAAUUAAAAUGGAUUUUUUGGGGGGUUUGUAUCAUUUGAUUUACACAACAUGCCUACCACUUUGAAGAUGCAAAAUAUUUGUUAUUGUGAAACAAAAAAACUGAAUUUGAGCGUGCAUAACUAUUCACCCCCCCCCCCCCCCCCCCCCCAAAGUCAAUACUUUGUAGAGCCACCUUUUGCAGCAAUUACAGCUGCAAGCCUCUUGGGGUAUGUCUAAAUAAGCUUGGCACAUCUAGCCACUGGGAUUUUUGCCCAUUCUUCAAGGCAAAACUGCUCCAGCUCCUUCAAGUUGGAUGGGUUCCGCUGGUGUACAGCAAUCUUUAAGUCAUACCAUAGAUUCUCAAUUGGAUUGAGGUCUGGCCUUUGACUAGGCCAUUCCAAGACAUUUAAAUGUUUCCCCUUAAACAUUUUACAUUACAUUUUACAUUUUAAACCACUCGAGUGUUGCUUUAGCAGUAUGUUUAGGGUCAUUGUCCUGCUGGAAGGUGAACCUCCGUCCCAGUCUCAAAUCUCUGGACGACUGAAACAGGUUUCCCUCAAGAAUUUCCCUAUAUUUAGCGUCAUCCAUCAUUCCUUCAAUUCUGACCAGUUUCCUAGUCCCUUCCGAUGAAAAACAUCCCCACAGCAUGAUGCUGCCACCACCAUGCUUCACUGUGGGGAUGGUGUUCUCGGGGUGAUGAGAGGUGUUGGGUUUGCGCCAGACAUAGCGUUUUCCUUGAUGGCCAAAAAGCUGACCAGAGUACCUUCUUCCAUAUGUUUGUGGAGUCUCCCACAUGCCUUUUGGCGAACACCAAACGUGUUUGCUUAUUUUUUUUUAAAGCAAUGGAUUUUUUCUGGCCACUCUUCCGUAAAGCCCAGCUCUGUGGAGUGUACGGCUUGAAGUGGUCCUAUGGACAGAUACUCCAAUCUCCGCUGUGGAGCUUUGCAGCUCCUUCAGGGUUAUCUUUGGUCUCUUUGUUGCCUCUGAUUAAUGCCCUCCUUGCCUGGUCUGUGAGUUUUGGUGGGCGGCCCUCUCUUGGCAGGUUUGUUGUGGUGCCAUAUUCUUUCCAUUUAAAAAAAAAUAAUGGAUUUAAUAGUUCUCCGUGGAAUGUUCAAAGUUUCUGAUAUUUUUUAUAACCCAACCCUGAUCUGUACUUCUCCACAACUUUGUCCCUGACCUGUUUGGAGAGCUCCUUGGUCUUCAUGGUGCCGUUUGCUUGGUGGUGCCCCUUGCUUAGUUGUAUAUCUAUACAGUGGGGGAGAAAAAAGUAUUUAGUCAGCCACCAAUUGUGCAAGUUCUCCCACUUAAAAAGAUGAGAGAGGCCUGUAAUUUACAUCAUAGGUACACGUCAACUAUGACAGACAAAAUAAGAAAAAAAAAUCCAGAAAAUCACAUUGUAGGAUUUUUUAUGAAUUUAUUUGCAAAUUAUGGUGGAAAAUAAGUAUUUGGUCACCUACAAACAAGCAAGAUUUCUGGCUCUCACAGACCUGUAACUUCUUCUUUAAGAGGCUCCGCUGUCCUCCACUCGUUACCUGUAUUAAUGGCACCUGUUUGAACUUGUUAUCAGUAUAAAAGACACCUGUCCACAACCUCAAACAGUCACACUCCAAACUCCACUAUGGCCAAGACCAAAGAGCUGUCAAAGGACACCAGAAACAAAAUUGUAGACCUGCACCAGGCUGGGAAGACUGAAUCUGCAAUAGGUAAGCAGCUUGGUUUGAAGAAAUCAACUUUGGGAGCAAUUAUUAGGAAAUGGAAGACAUACAAGACCACUGAUAAUCUCCCUCGAUAUGGGGCUCCACGCAAGAUCUCACCCCGUGGGGUCAAAAUGAUCACAAGAACGGUGAGCAAAAAUCCCAGAACCACACGGGGGGACCUAGUGAAUGACCUGCAGAGAGCUGGGACCAAAGUAACAAAGCCUACCAUCAGUAACACACUACGCCGCCAGGGACUCAAAUCCUGCAGUGCCAGACGUGUCCCCCUGCUUAAGCCAGUACAUGUCCAGGCCCGUCUGAAGUUUGCUAGAGUGCAUUUGGAUGAUCCAGAAGAGGAUUGGGAGAAUGUCAUAUGGUCAGAUGAAACCAAAAUAUAACUUUUUGGUAAAAACUCAACUCGUCGUGUUUGGAGGACAAAGAAUGCUGAGUUGCAUCCAAAGAACACCAUACCUACUGUGAAGCAUGGGGGUGGAAACAUCAUGCUUUGGCGCUGUUUUUCUGCAAAGGGACCAGGACGACUGAUCCGUGUAAAGGAAAGAAUGAAUGGGGCCAUGUAUCGUGAGAUUUUGAGUGAAAACCUCCUUCCAUCAGCAAGGGCAUUGAAGAUUAAAUUUGGCUGGGUCUUUCAGCAUGACAAUGAUCCCAAACACACCGCCCGGGCAACGAAGGAGUGGCUUCGUAAGAAGCAUUUCAAGGUCCUGGAGUGGCCUAGCCAGUCUCCAGAUCUCAACCCCAUAGAAAAUCUUUGGAGGGAGUUGAAAGUCCGUGUUGCCCAGCGACAGCCCCAAAACAUCACUGCUCUAGAGGAGAUCUGCAUGGAGGAAUGGGCCAAAAUACCAGCAACAGUGUGUGAAAACCUUGUGAAGACUUACAGAAAACGUUUGACCUGUGUCAUUGCCAACAAAGGGUAUAUAACAAAGUAUUGAGAAACUUUUGUUAUUGACCAAAUACUUAUUUUCCACCAUAAUUUGCAAAUAAAUUCAUUAAAAAUCCUACAAUGUGAUUUUCUGGAGAACAAAAAUCUCAUUUUGUCUGUCAUAGUUGACGUGUACCUAUGAUGAAAAUUACAGGCCUCUCUCAUCUUUUUAAGUGGGAGAACUUGCACAAUUGGUGGCUGACUAAAUACUUUUUUCCCCCACUGUGUAUAUAUAUAUAUAUAUAUACACUGAGAUCAUGUGACACUUAGAUUGCACACAGGUGGACUUUAUUUAACUAAUUAUGUGACUUCUGAAGGUAAUUGGUUGCACCAGAUCUUAUUUAGGGGCUUCAUAGCAAAGGGGGUGAAUACAUAUGCACGCACCACUUUUCCGUUAUUUAUUUUCUAUAAUUUUUUGAAACAAGUUCUUUUUUUCAUUUCACUUCACCAAUUUGGACUAUUUUGUGUAUGUCCAUUACAUGAAAUCCAACAAAAAAUCCAUUUAAAUUACAGGUUGUAAUGCAACAAAAUAGGAAAAACGCCAAGGGGGAUGAAUACUUUUGCAAGGCACUCUAUGUAUGCUCUGUCUUGGCAUAUUUUAUCAAUGUGAUUUCGCUAUCUAUUUCCAGUGAGCAUUCAUUGUAUAGUUUAACUUUGCUAAUGCAACCAUCAUCUUGAGGAUCCCAUUCGGAUAUGUUGUGUGUUACUGAUGUAAAUAAAGUGUGUAAACAAUUCAGGAGUAUUCAUUGUACCGUCUGCAUGGCUAUUGCGUCCAUAUACUUAAUUUAUGAUCCCAUUGAGAUACAUUUUUCUGUCACUGAGGUAAAGGAGAGGGUAAACAAACUGUGAACACUGUCUAAUGGCGUUAUGUCUUUGUCAGCUGACAAGGCCUAUAGGGACAUGAGGGUGCUGAAGAUGAGCCAGUCCAUCAUCGUGUCUGGGGAAUCUGGUGCUGGAAAGACCGAAAACACCAAGUUUGUCCUCCGGUAAAGUCAUGACAUUCUCUGUGCAUCGUCAUCACACAGGAUGUGUCCCAAAUGGCACCAUAUUCCUUAUAUAGUGCACCAUUUUUUUAAACCAGAACUAGUCAAAAGUAGUGCACUAUAUAGGGAGUAGGGUGCCAUUUGGGAUGCAGCCCAGUCUGAUCUGGCAGGCUGUUUCUAUUGGUUCAUGUAAAGAAGUGCAGUCAGAGUAUUCACAUUAACUCUGAUAAUUUAUUUCUGCCCUAUAGAUACUUAACAACGUCCUAUGGAACAGGUCAAGAUAUUGAUGAGAGAAUAGUUGAAGGUAAAUAUGAAUCUCACUUCCCAGCAGCAUGACCUAAUUACCAUACUGUAUGGAUUUGUGUUUUAAUUGCUAUUCUUCUUCAUCAAUCCCACAGCCAAUCCCCUGCUGGAGGCUUUUGGGAAUGCUAAAACUGUCAGGAAUAAUAACAGUAGUCGCUUUGGGAAGUUUGUAGAGAUCCACUUCAACGAAAAGGUACAGCAGCAGCACUGUCAUACCACUGUACAAUAUUUCACGAUCAUUAAAAUCAUCAGACAACAACACCAUGAUAAGUGUUCAAAUACUAUUUGAAAUGUCUUUGAAUACUUUCAGCUUUUGCUUUGGCUACGUCUGAUGCUAAUUUAAACUGUGUUGUCUGGUCAGAAUACUGUGGUAGGUGGCUUUGUGUCCCACUACCUGCUGGAGAAGUCCAGGAUCUGCCAGCAGAGCCAGGAGGAGAGGAACUACCACAUCUUCUACCGGCUGUGUGCCGGAGCCUCAGAGGACAUCAGGACCAAGUUCCAUCUGGAAUCCCCAGACGCCUUCAGGGUGAGUGGGGCCUACAGGCCGGCCUGUCACUCAUUCACCUUCGCUAGCUCCUUGUACCGUAGCUUCUGAACAUUUGGAUAUCUGCACCGUCCUAUUCUGGGCCAGGUCCCAAGCUGAUGUGUUGUUGAGUCCCAGGUUGUGUAGCUCAUCAUCCAACUGCAUGGUCGGACUAUCUGGCCUUGGACCCCAUGUAUGGUACUUUAAAUGUAUGCAUCUCUGUGCGUUCAAGAGGAUAAACCUGAGCAAGGUGCUCCGCAGAAUCACUUAUCUACAAAUCACCUUGCAUCUCAAAUAACUAGUCAUUGUGUGAUUGAGAUGAGUGAAUCUGCGCAGCUCCUUGCUCAGGCCGAUCCCCUAAAACACUCCCUGACACUCGUAUCAGUGUGAGGAGUGAGGACUCAGCACCUCCACCCCAAGCAGUCAGCUCAACAGGGGGUACCAAAGCUCCUCAUUAAAUAUUAAGGAGACUCACUCGUUUUGGUGUUUUAAGCUUAACAUAAAAGAUGCUAUGAAAAUGUCAAGUCAUGAAACACGUUUGCUUGAAUUGUUAAUGUUGCUCCGUACCUCUGAGACCACUAGAUGGCACUCUCCGCCAUCCUUUAAGAAGGGCUUAUUUUCUUGUCGUCAACUUCACAAAUAUAACAAUCCAUCUCAUUGUGCUUUAAGGAAAGCCAAUUCUGUUAUAGUCAGCUGUCAGGUUUUUAGAGAAGUUGUACAAACUCUCUUCCUGCCUUGUCCAUUAUCGUUAAUCCUUUAUUAAAGUUCCCUGUCUGGUUCCCCUCAGUCUCAGGGUUACCUACACCCAAUUCUGAUGUUGUUAGCUGGCAGGUGUUUAGGGAAGUUGUACUAACUCCCUGCCUGCCAUUCCUGUCCACCAUUGGUUUAAAGAUCCCUGUCUGGUUCCCAUCGGGGGGAUGAGAUGCUUUCAGACACCCAAUUCUGUUGUAGUUAAACUGGCAUGUUUGUACAAGUUGUACAAACUCCCCUCCUGCUUUGUCCAAUAUUGAUCCCCUCUUUUAAAGUUUCCUGCCUGGGCUCUUUAGGCCAGUGGUUCCCAACCUUUUCCGUUCUGAGGACUACCAAAUUGCCAUCAACAGCCAAAAAAAUAAAAAAAAAUAUCUUGGCUGUCAAAUUUAGUCCAUUUUUUUUUAGUCAUUUAGCAGACGCUCUUAUCCAGAGCGAUUUACAGGAUCAAUUAGGGUUAAGUGCCUUGCUUAAGGGCACAUCGACAGAUUUUUCACCUAGUCGGCUCGGGGAUUAGAACCAGCGACCUUUCGGUUACUGGCACAACGCUCUUACCCACUAAGCUACCUGCCGCCCCAGUGAAUGUAAUAGAUGAAAGGCUUAUUAUUAUGAUUACGAUUAUGAUUAUUAUUAUUAUAAUAAACAAUUGUCAUUGUGAAAAGUAUUAUAAAAUUGCUUAUAAUAGCAUUAAUACAAAACAUUUGUGACCUACCUGUAGUACCCCCUUUGGACCCCCAGGGGUUGAAAACCACUGCACCAAGCUUCAGGAAGAUAAAGCGCUUUGACUCCAGCUCUUGACAGGAACAUUGUCCACUAUAAUGGAGAUAGUCAAACUGAGUGAUGCAGAGAUAAUCUGCAGUGACAUUUCUGCUCAUCUCCAAUUCAACUAGGACAUUACGACUGACCGUUGAAGAUUCUGGCUAUCAGCAGCACAUUUUAGAGGGCUCAGUCACGUUCGGCAAGCGGUGCAGAUUAUAAUAUAGAAUUAACAGAGCCCAGACAACUCAUGUGCCAUCUGUUUCGCAUUCAUAACAGAUUGGCAUCAAAUUGAAUUGAAACCGAGUUUGAGCAGCUAGACAGGAAGGAAGUUGCAGGGAAAAUAUGGGAUUUAAGUACCUUCAACAUCACUUGCUGCAGACACAUCAUUUCAGAGUGGCUCAGAAGGUAGCCUACAUCUCCCCUCUCUUCAGUGAGACAUUACUUUAAUGUCAGAAUUUUGUGUUCUACAGCCUCCUCUCAUUUGUGUCAUUUGCCAUACUGCAAUGGCCAUAGUUUCCCAGUAUUUCUAUGAUUUCUAUCCUCUGCGAAGCAUUUCUUCUGGGCAGUAAGCCAGGUACUUCUGCUCGACCGUAGUCCCUUUGCUUCCUCAAAUAGUCUCAUCUGUCCUACCAUUUUUCUGCUGAUCUGGAAACUAAAAUGAAAUUGUAUUUCUUAAUAACAACAAUUACUUUUGUGCACAGUGGAGACCCAGUGGGGUUUGCAGCAGGGCUGUGUGGAGCUUUAUAAGAAGUGUCUGUUAUAUUCUGUAGCCUUGUGCUGUGUUACUGAAUAUGCCCUGUCUGGAGUGUAGAGCACAGGGCUGGGCAGAGCGAGAGAGAGAGAGAGAGGGAGAGAGACACAAUCCUCCUCAAAGCCUAUCUCUGUAAUUAAAGUCUUUGUUCCGUUCCAUCUGGCCAGCUGAAAAUGACUCGUCUCCUACAAACAAGAUAAGCAACUGGGUUCUGUUUCUGUUUUGUUAUUCUCUCCUACCCACCUGGGACGUUGUCGUUGCGCUCAUCAUCAGGCCGGAUCUCUAGCGACAGGCAGGAAGGAAGCAAGCGACUGAGAAUUCAUUAAAAGUUGCACAAAGGCAAUUACAGAGAGGAAUAAACGUAUUUUGUGCCAAAUACAUUCUUUACCGUGAACAAUGGUGAAUGAUCAAGACCCAAGUAAACAACAAAUCCGCUCACAACGAUGUGUAAUCCAUCAUAUGGAACGCCUGUGCAGGCCACACAUAGACUUCUAUGGAAAUAGAUAGACGGUGAUGUGGAAAUACAUUCGCUAGUGAGUCUACACACCCCUUGCACAUCUUGUUGCCUUCAAAUUAACCCACAAAAGGGAGUACAUUGGCAUUUUUUUCCUACGGAUCUACAAAACCUACUCCACAUUUUCGAAGUUAAACAAAAAUUAUAGAAAAAUUUCCAAAUGAAUUAACAUUUAAAAACAAAUGUCUUUAUUGCGUAAUGCUUCACACACCAGAGUUAAUGCUUGGUGGAAGCACCUUUCGUAGGCAUUACAGCUAUGAAUAAUUUUGAAUAAAAUUCGACCAACUUUGUAUAACUCUUAGGGCAAAAUGUAUCCAUUGUUUUUGUCAAAAUUGCUCAAGGUCAAUCAAUAUUCAAACCUUUUUUAAGUCAGGACUGAGGCUGGACCACUCAGGAACUCUCAACACCUCUUGGAAAGCCAUUCUUGUGUGUCUUUUGACAUACAGUACCAGUCAAAAGUUUGGACACACCUACUCAUUCAAGGGUUUUUCUUUAUUUGUUACUAUUUUCUACAUUGUAGAAUAAUAGUGAAGACGUCAAAACUAUGAUAUACAGUGAGGGAAAAAAGUAUUUAAUCCCCUGCUGAUUUUGUACGUUUGCCCACUGACAAAGAAAUUAUCAGUCUAUAAUUUUAAUGGUAGUUUUAUUUGAACAGUGAGAGAAAAAAAUCCAGAAAAACACAUGCCAAAAAUGUUAUAAAUUGAUUUGCAUUUUAUUGAGGGAAAUAAGUAUUUGACCCCCUCUCAAUCAGAAAGAUUUCUGGCUCCCAGGUGUCUUUUAUACAGGUAAUGAGCUGAGAUUAGGAGCACACUCUUAAAGGGAGUGCUCCUAAUCUGUUUGUUACCUGUAUAAAAGACACCUGUCCACAAACUCUCCACCAUGGCCAAGACCAAAGAGCUCUCCAAGGAUGUCAGGGACAAGAUUGUAGACCUACACAAGGCUGGAAUGGGCUACAAGACCAUCGCCAAGCAGCUUGGUGAGAAGGUGACAAAUAAUUUAAUAAAUAAAUAAUUAGUCAUUUAGCAGACGCUCUUAUCCAGAGCGACUUACAGGAGCAAUUAGGGUUAAGUGCCUUGCUCAAGGGCACAUCGACAGAUUUUUCACCUAGUCGGUUCGGGGAUUAGAACCAGCGACCUUUCGGUUACUGGCACAACGCUCUUAACCACUAAGCUACCUGCCGCCCUACAGUUGGUGCGAUUAUUCGCAAAUGGAAGAAACACAAAAUAACUGUCAAUCUCCCUCGGCCUGGGGCUCCAUGCAAGAUCUCACCUCGUGGAGUUGCAAUGAUCAUGAGAACGGUGAGGAAUCAGCCCAGAACUACACGGGAGGAUCUUGUCAAUGAUCUCAAGGCAGCUGGGACCAUAGUCACCAAGAAAACACACUACGCCGCGAAGGACUGAAAUCCUGCAGCGCACGCAAGGUCCCCCUGCUCAAGAAAGCACAUAUACAGGCCCGUCUGAAGUUUGCCAAUGAACAUCUGAAUGAUUCAGAGGAGAACUGGGUGAAAGUGUUGUGGUCAGAUGAGACCAAAAUGGAGCUCUUUGGCAUCAACUCAACUCGGCGUGUUUGGAGGAGGAGGAAUGCUGCCUAUGACCCCAAGAACACCAUCCCCACCGACAAACAGGAGGUGGAAACAUUAUGCUUUGGGGGUGUUUUUCUGCUAAGGGGACAGGACAACUUCACCGCAUCAAAGGGACGAUGGACGGGGCCAUGUACCAUCAAAUCUUGGGUGAGAACCUCCUUCCCUCAGCCAGGGCAUUGAAAAUGGGUCGUGGAUGGGUAUUCCAGCAUGACAAUGACCCAAAACACACGGCCAAGGCAACAAAGGAGUGGCUCAAGAAGAAGUACAUUAAGGUCCUGGAGUGGCCUAGCCAGUCUCCAGACCUUAAUCCCAUAGAAAAUCUGUGGAGGGAGCUGAAGGUUCGAGUUGCCAAACGUCAGCCUCGAAACCUUAAUGACUUGGAGAAGAUCUGCAAAGAGGAGUGGGACAAAAUCCUUCCUGAGAUGUGUGCAAACCUGGUGGCCAACUACAAGAAACAUCUGACCUCUGAUUGCCAACAAGGGUUUUGCCACCAAGUAGUAAGUCAUGUUUUGCAGAGGGGUCAAAUACUUAUUUCCCUCAUUAAAAUGCAAAUCAAUUUAUAACAUUUUUGACAUGCGUUCUUCUGGAUAUUUUUGUUGAUAUUCUGUCUCUCACUGUUCAAAUAAACCUACCAUUAAAAUUAUAGACUGUUCAUGUCUUUAUCAGUGGGCAAAUGUACAAAAUCAGCAGGGGAUCAAAUACUUUUUUCCCUCACUGUAACACAUAUGGAAUCAUGUACUAACCAAAAAAGUGUUUAACAAAUCAAAAUGUAUUUUAUAUUUGAGUUUCUUCAAAGUAGCCACCCUUUGCCUUGAUGACAGCUUUGCACACUCUUGGCAUUCUCUCAACCAGCUUCACCUGGAAUGCUUUUCCAACAGGACUUGAAGGAGUUCCCACAAAUUCUGAGCACUUGUUGGCUGCUUUUCCUUCACUCUGCCGUGCGACUCAUUCCAAACCAUCUCAAUUGGGUUGAGGUCGGGGGAUUGUGGAGGCCAGGUCAUCUGAUGUAGCACUCAAUCACUCUCCUUCUUGGUAAAAUAGCCUUUACACAGCCUGGAGGUGUGUUGGGUCAUUGUCCUGUUGAAAAACAAAUGAUAGUCCCAGAAAGCCCAAACCAGAUGGGAUGGCAUAUCGCUGCAGAAUGCUGUGGUAGCCAUGCUGGUUAAGUGUGCCUUGAAUUCUAAAUAAAUCACUGACAGUGUCACCAGCAAAGCACCCCCACACCAUAACACCUCCUCCUCCAUGCUUUUACGGUGGGAACUACACAUGCGGAGAUCAUCCGUUCAUCCACACCGCAUCUCACAAAGACACGGCGGUUUGAACCAAAAAUCUCAAAUUUGGACUCAUCAAAGGACAGAUUUCCACAAGUGUAAUGUCAAUUUUUCAUGUUUCUUGGCCCAAGCAAGUCUCUUCUUAUUAUUGGUAUCCUUUAGUAGUGGUUUCUUUGCAACAAGAAGGCCAUGAAGGCCUGAUUUACACAGUCCCCUCUGAACAGUUGAUGUUGAUGUUGAAAUGUGUCUGUUACUUGAACUCUGAAACAUUUAUUUGGGCUGCAAUUUCUGAGGCUGGUAACUCUAAUGAACUUAUCCUCUGCAGCAGAGGUAACUCCGGGUCUUCCAUUUCUGUGGCGGUCCUCAUGAGAGCCAGUUUCAUCAUAGUGCUUGAUGGUUUUUGCAACUGCACUUGAAAAACUUUCAAAGUUCUUGAAAUUUUCAGCAUUGACUGAAAGUAAUGAUGGACUGCCGUUUCUCUUUGCUUAUUUGAGCUGUUCUUGCCAUAAUAUGGACUUGGUCUUUUACCCCCCCCCCACCUUGUCACAACACAACUGAUUGAUUCAAACACAUUAAGAAGGAAAUAAAUUCCACAAAUGAACUUUAAAGAAGGCACACCUGUUAAUUGAAAUGCAUUCCAGGUGACUACCUCAUGAAGCUGGUUGAGAGAAUGCCAAGAGUGUGCAAAGCUGUCCUCAAGGCAAAGGGUGGCUAUUUGAAGAAUCUCAAAUAUAACAUAUUUGAUUUGUUUAACACUUUUUUGGUUACUACAUGAUUCCAUAUGUGUUAUUUCAUAGUUUUGAUGUCUUCACUAUUAUUCAACAAUGUAAAAUAUAGUAAAAAUAAAGAAAAACCUUUGAAUGAGUAGGUGUGUCCACACUUUUGACUGGUAGUGUAUAUCAUACAGCAGUAUAUUGAUCCAUGUUGUGUUGUAUUUGUCUGUGUUGCAGUAUUUGAACAGAGGAUGCACUCGCUUCUUUGCAAACAAGGACACAGACAAACAGAUCCUUCAGAACCGCAAGAGCCCAGAGGUACUGUGCAGAUCUUAAUCUUUCUUUCUUUCUCUCUCUCCUUUCUCUCUCGCCUUUCUUUCUUUUCUUUUCUUUCUUCAUGUACAUUCCAUAUUGAUUGGAUUUAUUGUCUUUAGCUACUCCGGGUAUUCCCAGAUAUCUGGACAACCACAGAAGGAAAUCCUCCCUCUGAUCCGUAGUUUUUGGGUAUCUAGUGACAGAUGGUUUCUCAUCUCCAGAACUAACUGGAAAUGCACUUAGGCACAACUCUGUCUGCGCAGAGAGAAAAUAACAGAAUGUACUCUUCCAUCCCCAUCUUGCUCCCUGUAUCUGUCACAAUGUCUUUUACCUUUACUAAACGGCCUGCUCAGUCAAAUAAGGAUAAGUGUUCUUGAUCUGCAGAUGCACUGAUACAGUGCCUUCCAGUAGUGACUUUUCUUUUUACAGAAGAAGACACGUUUUUUACAAGUUAUAGAACUCCCACAAAGUUGCCUACAAAUUGUUUUAUUUUUAUUCUGGUCAGAUAAGCCCCGUUAUAUAUUACCUCGGGAAACUUUGUUCUCUGAGAUGUGAUGCAAAUAAGAAGCAAACCAUUUAAUUAAGAAAGGAGCCAAUGAGAUGAAGACUGUAUGAAUAGAUGUAAAUACAGCAUCAAUGAGAGAUCUUUAUGCUCAGCCGAAAUGACUUCCUUUCUUUGCCUUCUCCCUUUGGUUAAUUAUGCAUAAGUUCUCCAUUACUGCAACUGUGGUCCUUCAGGACUCACUAGUGUAAUUAAUUAUUAUAGUUAUUUUGAAAUGCCCUUUACAACAGUAUGCCUCUUACUCUCCCCUUGAGGGACAUUGAUGAUUCAUCCAUUCUAUGUAGUCAGGGACAUCAGUGGGAGAAAAUGAGUGUGGACAUUUUCAAUCCGAUAAUAUCAUGUUUUGUAAUUGUGCGGCUGAUGCCAUAUGUUUUAGUAGAGGUAAUGCUACCAUGUUAUACUACCAUGUAAGUUAAACCAUAGAAAUGGAAGUAAUUCAAAUUGUAUAGUUAACUUCACAGUAAACAAAGAAAUUAUGAGGACUUGUUGGGUUGAGUUUUUCAGCGUAUGUUUAACCUAAGCAGAUGAUAUUCAGGUGAAGCUUUUAGAUGGUAGAUACAGUACAGGUAGGUGAUACAAUUGGUCUCUUUCUAGGUUCACACCAGGAGAAGGCAAUCUCCAUGGAGGCAUGUAGCUUCUUAUAUGAUCAUGGAGGAUCGUAACUUUUGAUCACAGGAAGCACCUGUUCAUGAUAAAUGCUGUGUUUGGCCUAUUGGAGAGAAUCAUGUUGUGACAAAUGCUGAAUAAGGCCUUUAUGCUCAUUGCUUGUGGAUAUAAUUUGCCCAUACAUCAUCUGUGUUCCAAAUGGCACCCUAUUCACUAUGGGGCCUGGUCAAAAGUAGUGCACUAACUAGGGAAUAGGGUGCUAUAUGGGACGGACCCCUCAUUUCAUACCAUGUUCACUGUCACUGUUGUUGAUCAAGGUUGUAUUUCUCUUUACACUGCUUCUUCUCUAUAUAAUACAGGACGAUCAGGUGAUUAUAGAUUUGGUGCCGUUACAAGGAUUACUUCUUUUUGAUUUUAUUAUGAUGUCAAUUUUGGGACUUUUUUUUUUUUUUGUCUCUGGGUUCACAUUGGUGCUGUGUGUGGUGGGGUCCUUGCAUGCUUUCUCUCUCUUUAAGUGCAUGAUGUGAUUUUUCUCUGUAGUGUAAGGCUUGAGGUCAAAAUGACAACAUAUUUUGUGUCCAGCGUAAAGCUGGACCAGAAUGUCAGAGUACAAUGUUUUUUUAAUGGUGUAGUCGGGGACUACAGAUGGAAAGUAGCUAUUAGCGAAAUCUGGUGGGACGCAUAAUUUCACAGUGCACUGAGACUUAUUUUUUGUUGUGCACUGUCCCUGCCAAAUAAACGUAAUAAACUGGCACUCGUGGCAAUAUAAGCCUUCUAUUUGAUAUCCAAAAGUUACUGUGAAGUUUGGAGCCAAGAAACUUUUACUCAGUACAUGAAAUGCAUCUAUCCCAAGCAGCUACUGUAUAAUUGGGAAUAAAGUGCUCAAAUGUGCUUUAAACAAACUGCUUGGUUUCCAUUAUUGUAAUGGCUUGGCUUUCUUAUCACCUUAGGUCAUCCAUUUUCCUAUAGAGAAGAAUAAACCGCUCCUAGACAACAGCCCUCCUAUAUGGUUGUUGUUUACAAGGCAAUGUCUGCUCUGUACUGUGUUGUAUGCAGAACAUUUUUUCUCAUUGCAAUAGAGUUAAUUCAUAAACUAAUGCAACCACCUUCAGUUACAGAAUGUUAGUUGAUAUUAUUUUUAUGAAAAUAAGUUCAAGAGCGUAAAGUUGAAUGAUGAGAUGGAUUCUUAUUAGUGUCUCAUUGGCCACGGACACAUUCAAAUGUACCUCUUAAAACAAAACUGUUUAAUAUUAGGAAACCCAAUUAUCAUAAAAGCCAGUUAUCUGCCAUUCUAGUCUGGUGUUUGAAGCUACUGUAUGUUGUCAUUGCUCUGCCAGUGUACCAUCAUACUGUAACAUUCUUCUUUGUGUUGCUGGUUUUCCAGGUGUGGGCUCUACCUUACUAUCCUUGCUCCUCUUCCUACUGCAGAUAGUUGGAGAUGUUAUGUACUUUAUCUUCCAUGCAGGUUUAAUGUGCUAAUUCCAUUAAAAAAUCAUCCCAAUUAGCUUGAAGUCCCAAGUCCAAUAGCAUUGCCUCAUCUCAAAUCCAAACAAAUACUUUCAAAGAAAAACUCUUGCCUGUGAGGGAGACGGAUGGUCUUUUUAUUACUUUAUGGGUAAUAAGAGUUUUCUUUCUUCAUUUUAUUGACCUUGUGGCACAACAUUGACACAGCUACAAUGCAAGCCUACAGUCUUUGAGACAGUACCCAUUCUGUAAAGAGCGUGUGACCCUGGUCACUGACCCAUCCAUGGUCUCUCGGCACCUGAAAGCUGGGCUGCUGAAGGGUUAAGGUUGUAGAGAAAGGGUGACCCCGACUGAGGGCGACCACUGACCCGUCCUUUCCCCAUGGUUCCUCAGCACCUGAAGGCUGGGCCCCUGAAGGACCCUCUGCUGGACGACCAGGGGGACUUCAACAGGAUGUGUGGGGCCAUGAAGAAGAUCGGCCUGGAUGACACGGAGAAGCUGGACCUGUUCAGAGUGGUGGCCGGGGUUUUGCACCUAGGCAACAUCGACUUUGAGGAGGCAGGCAGCACAUCAGGUGAGCAGGGUGUCUGUCGGUCUUUCUGUGAGGUCUCUUUUUGUCUGUCUGACUGUCUUUUCGCUCUCACACUCUGUCUCUCACUUUGUCUCUCACUCAUUCACUGCUCACUAUAGUUUCCACAUCAGGUGAGAACGGUCUCUGUCUCUCUCUACCUCCCCCUCUCUCGCUCUGUCUCUCUCAUUCACUCAGUGCUCAUUAUAGUUUGCACAUCAGCUGUGCCAGCUCUUGCUCUCACUCACUCACUCACUCACUCACUCACUCACUCACUCACUCACUCACUCACUCACUCCUCAUCAUCGUUUCAAUAGUUUUUUGCAUGCUUGUUUGCAAGCUUUCUUAACAGAUGGCUUGGCAUAUGAGAUGUCAGAGUAUAUCACUCCAAAACGCAUACUAUUUGGUACAUUAACCAACAACAAAGACACAGCUGUCUCUCUUUCAGUGCAGUGACAAUGUGAGUAAAGCACCAGGGCACAGGACAGGAAGUCUAAGGGAUGCUGAGGAAGUGGUAGUUCAAGUUUUGUCAGAGCUGGCAGAUACCUUUGCAAAAAAUGUAAAUAAUAAUGGAUCCGGGGGCCUACAAAAUGGGGUCUAGUCCCUGGUCUAGUCUAACCAGAAAAACAAUCCUCUUUUGUGUCUGUGAAGCAGGUGCGCCGUUUUGCUUUUGUCCCCCAGGACACUUGCUCUGUGAUCAAUUACUUUAAUCUUCAGCUUUCUUCUAAAGACCCAUGUGGCCUCUUGUUGUAGUCUGUGAAAUGUAUUUUAUUCACUUUCAAAGAGCCACCACCGACACAAGGACACUGGGGACUAGUCAUUCUCCUCCCAUUCAUUUACUAUUGAUACAAAGCCAUUGGAUUAACUGAUGAAAUGUUUCACGUCUCUUUGUGAAUGUCGCUCUUUGUAGUCCUCUACGGUUAUAAUAUCUUACAGAAUAAUCUCAUAGAUUUUUGUUGUUGUUGUUAGAGCAAGUAUAUUCUUUCAUUUGGCACGGCUGAUGCAUUAUGAUGUGAAUGUCUUGGGCUCUCCUCCACCCACUGACUCCACAUUACACACAUGCUGUUUCAGACGACGGUCACAGUUUAUGAGAAUAAACCAUUCCUUUUGAACAUCAGAGUGAAACUUGAAUGUAGUGCCUUUCAUUUCUCCUCUCUUUUUUCCCUCUGUGAAAGUGAAGAGAGUGAGAGCGGCACACCAUGGCAGCGUUUAAAACGAGUAGUUUGUACUUAGCGGGAGUCUCCCGUGGUGUGUUUUUACAGCGACCUGAAGCAAAGAGUCCAGUCAGAGAAGAUAAUGAUCAUAAGGAUGAGAGAUGGGAACUGUCCUGAUGCUCCUUGUCCCCAACAUGAAACAUAGGAUAUCCUGCCUCAGCUCUUCUGAGAGAAGCGCCUUCCAGUGUCGCACUGAAAACUGUGCCCCUUAUCCCCUCCUUCCUGUGUUGCCACCAAACCAUCCCUCUUAUCAGCUCCUUCCUGUCGCCCCUAAACAGUCCCCAUUAUCCCCUCCUUUGUGUCGUCCCAAAACUGUCCUGUGUCGUCCCAAAAUUAUCCUGUGUCGCCCUUGAACUAGCCAUCUUAUCCCCUCCUUUCUUUCCCACUAUCCCAUCUCUUGUCUAUCUACAGAUUGUAUGCCAGGUAAUGUGAUAUAACCAAAGAUUUUUGGUGUCAGUUACUGGGCGUUACAGGAAAGCCCCAUACAAACCACCGCCAUAGAAUUUUCAACUAACCUGUUUUUGGCGAUACUUUCUUUUGUUCUUGAUUCAGUGAAAAAAUUAUAUUUCAAAAUGUCAGUUUCCAGUUGCAUGUGGUUCUACAAAAAAACAUAAAUUCUGAAAAGUAUUAAAUCUAUGUUUUGUAUGGAGUGAGAUUUGCCUCUUAUGUGUGUGUAGAUCUUUGUUUUGGUCCACUGUGUCAUAUACUUCUGCACGUGGCCACGUUGCAUAGAAACGACUAGUUCCUGCAAAGACGCUGGGAAAUGCUAGAUGCGCCGCAGCUAAGAUGGCGAGGAACCUCCUUGCGUGUUACAAAACAUGGAUUGAAUAUCUUUCUUUCUGAGUUUUUGCUGGUUUUUGUAGAACCACUUGCAACUGGAAACUGACAUUUCUAAGAGAAUGAAGAAUGUAUCGCCAUGAACAGGUUAGCUGAAAAAUCUAUAAGUAUGGGGCUUUCCUGUAACGUCCAGUAAUAGACACCAAAGACCUUUGGGUAUAUCACAUUAUCUGGUGUAAAAUCUGUAGAUACCUGGCACGGUAGGAGACUUAUGAAAUGCAUAGUGUUAGGCAGUGAUGGAGUGCUAUGGUUCAGGAAUAAUGAAGCCUGUUUCAUUAUGAAAUAGAUGGGCAAAAAGGUUAAGUCUUCGCUGAUAAAUCAUGUGAGAGUGAUUGUAGGCUUUGUCCUAAUAUUAUUGAGACCAGACUAGGGUGAAUCUGGAUUUCCGUAUGUAGCUAGUGCUUUAAAAUGUAAUAUUGUCCCAAGAGUACCAGACUUUGAUCGUGCUGUUUCCUUAUGGAUGUUCAGGAUCGAUAUGGGCAGUAUUGAACUGUAGUACAUGUCAUGAUAUGUCAAACCCAUGUUGUACUGUAAUGUACAAUAUGUGCACUCACUGUAUGCACAUUUUACCCAGGGUCAGAGCUUACUCAGUCUUCAAUAAAAUCACUGUUGACAUUUUGACUUUCUCAUUGAAUGACAGCUGAACUGGAAGUAUCUUUGCUAAAUUCUUCCUAACCUCUCACAACAUCAUUCUACACAUUGUCCUUAGAAAGUUACUAACAAUGUUACUAACAACAUUACUAACUACUCACAAUGUGAUCGCGCUGUUCCACCAGGUGGCUGCACCAUAAAGAACCAGUCGAGCCAGACGGUGGAGUACUGUGCUGAGCUGCUGGGUCUGGAAGAGUUGGACCUGCGAGUCAGCCUCACCUCCAGGGUCAUGCUCACCACAGCAGGGGGCGCCAAAGGAACAGUUAUCAAGUAAGUCACAAUGGAACGACAUAUAGAACAUAUUAUUACAUAUAGCAUCUCUAUGUAAGUCACUUUCUUCUCCUCAACGGCCUUGCAUGGAGAGAGGACUGCGAGUGCAUUUUAAAUGGCACUAUUCCCUAUAUAGUGCACUACUUUUGACCAGGACCCAUAGGGAAUAGGGUGGGUUUUCCACUGCCUUUUAUUACAUUUUACAUUUUAGUCAUUUAGCAGACACUCUUAUCCAGAGUGACUUACAAAUUGGUGCAUUUUCUUGUCUUUUUAAGUGGGGGUGGGGGUAGAAGGAUUGGGGGGGAGCUUGUUCCACCAUUGGGGUGCCAGAGCAGCGAAUAGCUUUGACUGGGCUGAGCGGGAACUGUGCUUCCGUAGAGUUAGGGGGGCUAGCAGGCCAGAGGUGGAUGAACGUAGUGCCCUCGUUUGGGUGUAGGGUCUGAUCAGAGCCUGAAGGUAAGGAGGUGCCGUUCCCCUCACAGCUCCGUAGGCAAGCACCAUGGUUUUGUAGUAGAUGCGAGCUUCAACUGGAAGCCAGUGGAGUGUGCGGAGGAGCGGGGUGACAUGAGAGAACUUGGGAAGGUUGAACACCAGACGGGCUGCAGCGUUCUGGAUAAGUUAUAGAGGUUUAAUGGUCCUUUUAUGAGAGGACAGGCAAAAUAACAGGUUGCUCCUGUGUUUUUUAAUUGCAUGUGAUACGUGUUUGUAUUCCUAAACAUUCCGAUGUGAGACAGUAUGUCUGUCAAUAUGGUGGUGAUUCUAGCCUAUUUGUAUUGGAAGGCUUGUGUUUGUAGAUGGUGUCAGGUCCACAUGAUUAGCACUCUGUUAACACCUGCCUUGCUGGCCACAUGCCAGUUACCAUAGGAACCAAUAGAUGCGCGUGUGUGUGCGCAUUUGUAUUGUGUGUGUGUGUGUGCUGCGGACGUCACAAACAGUAGUGCUGUGCCUCUAUCUCUGAUUAAAAAUAGGAACUAGCCACUAUUGAAUGAAUACGUGCCCUUGACUUGAUGUUGUUCAAUAGAACACUAGUAGAGAUAGGGCUGAGCAGGAGAGAGGUGAGAGAAUCACAUGCAAAGAAGAAACAAGUCAUGUUGCUGUGGGAAUGGACAGCUUCAAAGUCUUCAAAGUGAUGGAGGGAGUAAAAGACAAGGGUUGUGGGUUCGAUUCCCACAGUAUGGGGGAAAAAAAAUUAUUCACUCUAACUGUAAGUCGCUCUGGAUAAGAGCGUCUGCUAAAUGACUAAAAUGUAAAAUGUAGUGCACUACUUUUGACCAGAGCCCUAUGAGCCCUUGUCAAAAGCAGUGCACUAUAUAGGGCAUAGUGUGCAAUUUGGGACGCAUGCCUCUUUCUCGAUCUAUGGCAAGGCCCUGUGUGCAUUUAGCCGUGGCCCAGCCUGUCUAAUGCCUGACAGUGAUUGUUGUAUGGGCAGCUUGGCGCUCCCUCAGCUCGCCAACCUGAAUGCCAAGCCACUCGAUAUGUGCAAUUACCCUUAUGUCCUCCCUCACAAAUGUUUGUCUGUUGUUUCAUUUGUGGAGAGAGAGACACUUUCACACAGUAGUUAAGCUUUAACUGCUGCUUUAUAUGGGCCUGGCUGUGUCUUUAUGUGUGAGUCCUACUCUAUUCCCUACAUAGUGCACUAUUUUUGACCAGGGCCCAUAGGGUUCUGGUCAAAAGAAGUGCAUGAUAUAGGGAAUCUGGUGCGAUUUGGGACGCAGCCUCUGAGGGCGUAAUAUUAAGCAAUUAAUUAUUGGUGUGCCGUGCCUUGUUUCAUUUCUGUUUAAUUAAUAGCAGCAAUCGCAAUGUGUGAGUACAGUUACAUUAAGUGACUUAUAAAGGGUAGACAGGGAUUUCAACCGGCUCUCUCUGUCUGUGGCUCCACCACUAAGCGGCCUAUUUUUAUGACUUAUGUAAGGGGGAAAGCUGUAUCUAGCUAAAUGUUAGCCUGUUUAGGGACUAGCUUUUAAGGCGUUUAUAUGUGCGAGGCAGAAUGUGGGAGAGAGAGAUGUUAAUCGUGUUGACCCCACCAUGGUGAAUUCAGUGGUGGACUCAGCAUCUCUGCGAGGCCAGGGGGGGUCAGUCCACUCUCUCAGCUUGCCCAUAUUCACAGUGCAGUACAGACUCAUUUAACGGUCAUAUAAAUAAUAUGUGAGCCUCUCAACUUCCUGAUAACAUGCUGCCGGGAUAAUUUUGUGGAGAUCAUUGAGCAAGGUGGAUAACCUCAGGCUUCAUAGGGAAUACACACAUCCCAGCUACUGUUAGUGUUCUGGCAUUUCAUACCUGGAAGCUGCUCUUCCUCCCGGGGAAGGACUGCCCGCUCCAUGAUCUCGCCAUCACGGUUGACAACUCCAUUGUGUCCUCCUCCCAGAGUGCAAAGAACCUUGGCAUGACCCAGGACAACACCCUGUCAAUCUCCGCUAACAUCAAAGCGGUGACCCGAUCCUGCAGGUUCAUGCUCUACAACAUUCGCAGAGUACGACCCUACCUUACACAGAAAGCGGCACAGGUCCUAAUCCAGGCACUUGUCAUCUCCCGUCUGGAUUACUGCAACUCGCUAUUGGCUGGGUUCCCUGCCUGUGCCAUUAAAACCCUACAACUUAUCCAGAACGCUGCAGCCCGUCUGGUGCUCAACCUUCCCAAGUUCUCUCAUGUCACCCCGCUCCUCCGCACACUCCACUGGCUUCCAGUUGAAGCUCGCAUCUACUACAAAACCAUGGUGCUUGCCUACGGAGCUGUGAGGGGAACGGCACCUCCUUACCUUCAGGCUCUGAUCAGACCCUACACCCAAACGAGGGCACUACGUUCAUCCACCUCUGGCCUGCUAGCCCCCCUAACUCUACGGAAGCACAGUUCCCGCUCAGCCCAGUCAAAGCUAUUCGCUGCUCUGGCACCCCAAUGGUGGAACAAGCUCCCCCAUGACGCCAGGACUGCGGAGUCACUGACCACCUUCCGGAGACACUUGAAACCCUACCUCUUUAAGGAAUACCUGGAAUAGUAUAACCGUAAUCCUUCUACAACCCCCCAUAAAAAAAAAAAAGGGGUGGUUGUCCCACUGGCUAUCCUAAGUUGAAUGCACCAAUUUGUAAGUCUCUCUGGAUAAGAGCGUCUGCUAAAUGACGUAAAUGUAAUAUACCUCUUGAUUAUAAAUGAGAGGCCAGGGCUUAACCCUGGUAUUUAAAUGUUUUAACUGGGCUGUGGACCCUUAGCUUCUCACUGGCUGGAAGAAUAUAAAUGAAACAUGGCUUGUGGUUGAGAGAGUGCGAGAGAGGGCCCAGGUGUACUGAGAGCUGAAGGGAGCAAAGGUGUAAGACGAGGUGGUGUGAUGCUGGGAUCAUAAUGGGGAGCUCUUGUCUUGUGGGAUGUGUUAAAUGGAGAUCCACAGAAGGGACGAGGUAAUGGAUAAGUCCUGCCCGAAGAGUGCGUGUGUAGUGUGGGUGUGAGGGAUGGAGGUAAAGGUGUGUGAGGAGAAUCAAGACAUUAGAGGUGGAUUUUGGACAUAACCUUAAAGUACUACUAGAGCUACUAGUACAGCGUUAUCCUUGUUCUCUCCUGCCUUAAAGGAAAAACUUUAGAAGCAAAGUGUCACUUGCCACUUAAUCACUAUGAUGCUUUUUGCAUAAUAUGAUUCAUUUUGCAUCAUCAUGAUGAUGUGGCAAGUGACACAUUGCUUCUUGAAAGUCCAAUAGCUUGAAAACUUGACUGCUGACAUUGUGGACUAAUGAACAAAAAUACCAAAAUAUAGUUGAUAUAAUUAGAGUUUUUUUUCUUUAAGGGCAUGACAAUGAUGUGUUUGUGAAGCAAAGCUAAAGCUUGAGAAACUUUUUUAAGUCCACGUGGCAGCCAUGUUGUACAUUUGGCGCUCCACUGCAUUUUUAGUCCUCUCGGUAGUCUCUGAUUAUUGAGCUGCACACUUGACUGCAGUCAGAGCUCUGGGGCCAUUACAAUACAUUCUCAGAGCUGUGAUGCUUAUACUUUCUCUCAUUGUUAAGGCUCCUUAUCACACCACAAUCACUCUUUCCCUAAGAUGUCAAUAACCCAAUUAUCUGCUUGGGAAACCAAGCAGACCCUCAGUAUUUUUGCACACCCACGGUGAUGAAUGCAUGGGAUUAUUUAGACUGACUCGACUCUGUCGUUAUGAAUUGUGGGCUAUUGAUUUCACCAGCCAUCACUGCUCAAGUAUGUGUCUCUGUAUGCGUGUAUAUGUCUUUGCUCUAUGUUUCUUUGCUGGUGACAAAUCAAAUUUCCCCUCGUAUGGAAUACAUGGUAGAUUUAGCUUAGAUAUACUUUAUUGCCUGUUUUUCACAGAAAUUUAACUUUGCAUACAAAGGCAAGCAUUCACUUAUAAUAUAAUAAACAGUAUGCCAUUUAGCAGAUGCUUUUAUCCAAAGCAACUUAGUCAUGCAUGCAAACAUUUUACGUACAGAGGACCAGUGCUGGAGGAAGGAGGAAUGAUGUGCUUUCUCUCUCCCUCUCAGAGUGCCACUGAAAGUGGAACAGGCGAACAACGCACGGGAUGCCCUGGCCAAGGCCGUGUACAGCCGGUUGUUUGACCACGUGGUCACCAGGGUCAACCAGUGCUUCCCCUUCGACUCCUCCGCUAACUUCAUCGGGGUUCUGGAUAUCGCAGGCUUUGGUCUGUACCCCCUUUAUGUGCUCUGUGCUACAUGUACGUGAUACAUGAUACCACAUUAUAUGAUAGUAGUAGUAGUAGUAGUAAACAUUAUUAUCCCUAAGGCGGAAAUGGUUUUGCAGCAUAAUUGUCCAUAAAAAUUCAUCAAACCAACAGACAUUUCACCAUGAGACAUUAUACACAACAUAACACGAACCACUCAUUGCACACAAUUGCAAGAGUUCAUUAGUCAGAGACAGUGGUGGUUUACAGCUAAAGUGCUUGUUUUUUAAAUUUGUUUUCAUUUCCUGAUGUCGCUCUUCCAGAGUACUUUGAGCACAACAGCUUUGAGCAGUUCUGCAUCAACUACUGUAACGAGAAGCUGCAGCAGUUCUUCAACGAACGCAUCCUGAAAGAGGUGAGCGCUUCUUCCACUGUCGGUCUGUGGACCCCGACGCCUCCUCUCUCCUUAGUUGACAUCCCAGCUGUACAACAGGGCUCAAUCUCAAGUUGCCUUUCUGUGAUUCCUAGCAUCCUAUCUCCUUGCCUCCUCCUCAACUGUAUUGGAGGGGAAUGACCAAGGUCCUUCCCAUUGGACCUUCUUCUCCAAUGCGUCCUGAGAAGGAGGCGUGGAGAGAGGAUGCGAGAAAUCUAGGAAAGAUGAACUGAGAAAGAGCCCAGGUUUUUGCAACAAGCAGAAGGAAACCUUGAUAUUUAAGAAUCAGUUAUAUUUGUCAGAGAACUUGCUAAUGUAAUAUAUUAUUGCUGGAUAGCUAUAAUAGACAGAAAAGCUUAUGCCCUCAUAGACUUGAAGAAACUUUCAAAGUUCUUGAAAUUUUCCGGAUUGACUGACCUUCAUGUCUUAAAGUAAUGAUGGACUGUCGUUUCUCUUUGCUUAUUUGAGCUGUUCUUGCCAUAAUAUGGACAUGGCCAUUUACCAAAUAGGGCUAUCUUCUGUAUACCACCCCUACCUUGUCACAACACAACUGAUUGGCUCAAACGCAUUAAGAAGGAAAGAAAUUCCACAAAUUAACUUUUAACAAGGCACGCCUGUUAAUUGAAAUGCAUUCCAGGUGACUACCUCAUGAAGCUGGUUGAGAGAAUGCGAAGAGUGUGCAAAGCUGUCAUCAAGGCAAAGGGUGCCUACUUUGAAGAAUCUCAAAUAUAAAAUAUAUUUUGAUUUGUUUAACACUUUUUUGGUUACUACAUGAAGGAAAUAGUCAAAAUAAAGAAAAACCCUUGAAUGAGUAGGUGUGUCUAACUUUUGACUGAUACUGUAUAUAUGAUUGUUCUCUAUUCUAAUGAGGCCAAAGACGCAAAUGUAUUCAAAUGAAGUCUGAGGGCAUAAUAUUUUCUGUCUAUUAUAGCUAUCCAGCAAUAAUACAUUUACGUUAGCAAGUUCUCUGACCAAUAUAACUGAAUCUUAAAUAUCAAGGUUUCCUUCUGCUUGUUGCAAACUCCUGGAAUAAGUAAGUGUGUCCAAACUUUUGACUGGUACUGUAGGUAAACAGACUUCAAUUAUUUUCUGAAUGUCAUUAUGAAUGACAUUACAAAUGCUUGUUAUUGGAACCGUUCUGUUUUGAAUUCUAGGAACAAGAGCUCUAUCAGAAGGAGGGUCUUGGAGUAAAUGAGGUCCAUUAUGUCGACAAUCAGGACUGCAUAGGUUUGUCUCAUCUUCACAUCAUUUCAGAGGUUUAGCCUACGUACAGUAUCCUCCACCUAGUUUCCAGUGUUUUCCCCCUGUUUUUUUCAAUGUGUUGCCAUUCAAUGUUCUUCUGACUGGAGAUCUGUUUUGACCUCUGUUUGUGUGGGAAGGUGGAAUAGCUGUUUUCUCUGAGGGAGGUUAAGCUUUUGAGCGCACAACUCUUGACCCUGACCCCAAGUUAUGUUUCAUGGUCAACAGAAAUAAAGCCAGUUGAUGGGAGGUAGAUUGAUUAUGUUCCAGAGCACACCUAAACCCCUCUGUUUGAGAUGUGUGUGGUACCAGAGAGUGGAAUGGAGGUGACAGGGGUUAACGCUAGAUAGAAUGGGGUCUGCGUUUAAGAGAAGCAGCCAUUGGACCAAAGCCUGCCCUGUAGACUCUCACAUACACUGCUCUCUGAGAACAGACAUUUUACUUUCUGUUCCAUCAAGUAGGGUUGGGCGGUAUAGCUGAAAUUUCAUAUCACAAUAUUUUCAAAUUUUUUACGGUAUUUUAUAUUUUUUAAUAAUACAAGUUCUACAUUUGCUUUAAGUAAUGCAUGACCUAGAAUGGCAACACAUCAAUUCUAAGUGAUUUCAAUGGGUCUUUCUCAAUUCUGGUUGUUUUAUACUGUUCAUUCAAACUUCAACCAAAGGUAAUUUUCAUAGAUUUCUGCAUUUCCUGCACUCAUUUGAGAUCAUGUCCGCACUGCCACAAAGGGCUGCAUGAUAUGGGCAAAACAUCUAGGCCUUAUUUUUAACCAAAUUCUGCUAUUGCUAUUUGAUUUAGAUACAAAUUAUUGGGUGAACUGUUGGAAUCAUGGAAAUAGAGUGAAUAUUUUAAUUCUAGAGUUAGAAUAUAAUAGUGGCCACUUUGAAUACCAUGUUGUUUGACAUGAAAAAGCCAGGGAGGAGUUAUUGUGACAGGUUAGGAACCAAAGUGUUGAUCAGUGUUUCCCAGGGGACCCUAAUUAGAUGUUAGCUACGUUAAAUGUUUUUUCUUACUUGAUUUAGCUAACAUAUUCAUGCGUCACCUAUUCCUCUCUGAUUUAGAAGAUACUGUUGCACAAUCAAAAUGCUGGCUUAGGCCUACACUAGCACUGGUAUCAGGCUGUAUUAGCUAGCUACGUUUUCUCUGACUCAGUAAAUGUAUUAGCUAGCUAGCCAGCUUACUUGCAAUUAGCAUUAGCAGCUAACACAAUUUAUUUUAGCCAGAACUUGCUAAUAAAAGACAAACUAGCUGUUUGCAGACAGUGAGAUACACAAACUAAUAGUGUAAUUAUAGAACGCUUGUGGAUUUAUAUUAAGAAGCAAAGUGGAAAGCAGCAUCGUUGUCAACCAGUGGAGGCUCCUCAGAGGAGGAAGGGGAGGACCAUCAUCCUCAGUGAAUUUCAUAAAAAUUAAAAUGGUAAAACAUUGAAAAAGUAAUCCUUUUUAGAUAAAACUCUACUAAAUAUAUUCACGUCACCAAAUAAUUGAUUAAAACACACUGUUUUGCAAUGAAGGUCUACCCUAGCCUCAACAGCACUCUGUAUGGUAGCACCAUGGUGUAGCCGGAGGACAGCUACAGUGAGGGAAAAAAAGUAUUUGAUCCCCUGCUGAUUUUGUACGUUUGCCCACUGACAAAGAAAUGAUUAGUCUAUAAUUUUAAUGGUAGGUUUAUUUGAACAGUGAGAGACAGAAUAGCAACAAAAAAAUCCAGAAAAACGCAUGUCAAAAAUGUUAUAAAUUGAUUUGCAUUUUAAUGAGGGAAAUAAGUAUUUGACCCCCUCUCAAUCAGAAAGAUUUCUGGCUCCCAAGUGUUUUUUAUACAGGUAACGAGCUGAGAUUAGGAGCACACUCUUAAAGGGAGUGUCCACAGAAGCAAUCAAUCACCAAACUCUCCACCAUGGCCAAGACCAAAGAGCUCUCCAAGGAUGUCAGGGACAAGAUUGUAGACCUACACAAGGCUGGAAUGGGCUACAAGACCAUCGCCAAGCAGCUUGGUGAGAAGGUGACAACAGUUGGUGCGAUUAUUCGCAAAUGGAAGAAACACAAAAGACGUGUCAAUCUCCCUCGUCCUGGGGCUCUAUGCAAGAUCUCACCUCGUGGGGGUUGCAAUGAUCAUGAGAACGGUGAGGAAUCAGCCCAGAACUACACGGGAGGAUCUUGUCAAUGAUCUCAAGGCAGCUGGGACCAUAGUCACCAAGAAAACAAUUGGUAACACACUACGCCGUGAAGGACUGAAAUCCUGCAGCGCCCGCAAGGUCCCCCUGCUCAAGAAAGCACAUAUACAUGCCCGUCUGAAGUUUGCCAAUGAACAUCUGAAUGAUUCAGAGGAGAACUGGGUGAAAGUGUUGUGGUCAGAUGAGACCAAAAUGGAGCUCUUUGGCAUCAACUCAACUCGCCGUGUUUGGAAGAGGAGGAAUGCUGCCUAUGACCCCAAGAACACCAUCCCCACCGUCAAACAUGGAGGUGGAAACAUUAGGCUUUGGGGGUGUUUUUCUGCUAAGGAGACUGGACAACUUCACCACAACAAAGGGACGAUGGACGGGGCCAUGUACCGUCAAUUCUUGGGUGAGAACCUCCUUCCCUCAGCCAGGGCAUUGAAAAUGGGUCGUGGAUGGGUAUUCCAGCAUGACAAUAACCCAAACCCAUGGCCAAGGCAACAAAGGAGUGGCUCAAGAAGAAGCACGUUAAGGUCCUGGAGUGGCCUAGCCAGUCUCCAGACCUUAAUCCCAUAGAAAAUCUGUGGAGGGAGCUGAAGGUUCGAGUUGCCAAACGUCAGCCUCGAAACCUUAAUGACUUGGAGAAGAUCUGCAAAGAGGAGUGGGACAAAAUCCCUCCUGAGAUGUGUGCAAACCUGGUGGCCAACUACAAGAAACGUCUGACCUCUGUGAUUGCCAACAAGGGUUUUGCCACCAAGUACUAAGUCAUGUUUUGCAGAGGGGUCAAAUAGAGGGGGGGGGGGGGGGGGGGGGGGGGGGGGGGGGGAUAGCUAUGCACGCUCAAGUUUUCUGUAUUUUUGUCUUAUUUUUGUUUGUUUUCUCAAUAAAAAUAUUUUGCAUCUUCAAAGUGGUAGGAAUGUUGUGUAAAUCAAAUGAUACAAACCCCCCAAAAAUCCAUUUUAAUUCCAGGUUGUAAGGCAGCAAAAUAGGAAAAAUGCCAAGGGUGGUGAAUACUUUCGCAAGCCACUGUAUACAGUAAGUGAAUUUGUCCCAAUACUUUUGGUCCCCUAAAAUAGGGGGGAAGGGGGACUAUGUACAAAAAGUGCUGUAAUCUCUAAACGGUUCACCCGAUAUGGAUAAAAAAUACCCUCAAAUUAAAGCUGACACUUCAUAGUCGUUUGUAUCAUUUCAAAUCUAAGUGCUGGAGUGCAGAGACAAAGCAACAAAAAAUGUGUCAUUAUCCCAAUACUUUUGGAGCUCACUGGAUCUUACACCUUCAGUGCAGUGUUUCCGCAGCAGUCAUUUGGCUCUGGCGUUGCGCCAUGGCAACAUCAUUGCCGCCACAACAAAAAUAUAUGGAACAUUAAAGGCAUACUUUUAUGUUCCACUUUGAAGAUGCUAGAAUAGUCCAGAUUUACUUUUCCUCUGUAAACAAAACGACUAAUGAAUAGAAAAAUCUGACAACCCCAUAAUAAAAUCGUAUCUAUUUACCUAGUCGGCUUGUUGUUGAGCGUUCUAUGCGAGAUGAUAAAUAUUCCUCUCAAGGUGCAUUCAAGUUGCAGGUGCCAUAGGGAGGGAAACAUGCAUGCUGACAAUCAAGGCACAACAAUUCAUAAUGCAAUUGUGGGGAAAACAGCGGUUUCAAUGGCCUUUGUUAAAAAGAGGGGGAUCCCAGCUUUGUAUUUAUUGUGGAUCCCUUCCUAGGGUCCAGCAAACAUUAAGGCAGUAAUAUACAUUAUAAUACAAUUUUUAAACAAGGUGUAAUCUGAUUUUACUGCUUACGUGAGUAACUUGAUGUGUAGCCAUGUAGCCAUGGCUCUGUGUAGUAAUGUGUGCCUCCCAUAGUCUGUGCUGGACUUGGGGACUGUGAAGAGACCUCUGGUGGCAUGUCUUGUGGGGUAUGUAUGGGUGUCCGAGCUGUGGCUAGUAGUUUAGACAGCUCGGUGCAUUCAACAUGUCAAUACCUCUUACAAAAACAAGUAGUGAUGAAGGCAAUCUCUUCUCUACUUUGAACCAUGAGAGAUUGACAUGGAUAUUAUUAAUGUUAGCUCUAAGUGUACAUUUAAGGGCCAGCCAUGCUGCCCUAUUCUGGGUCAGUUGUAAUUUUCCCAAGUCCCUCUUUGUGGCACCUGACCACACAACUGGGAAGAAGUCCAGGUGCGACAAAACUAGGGCCUGUAGGGCCUGCCUUGUUGAUAUUGUUGUUAACAAGCAGAGGAGCGCUUUAUUAUGGACAGACCUCUCCCCAUCUUAGCUACUGUUGCAUCAAUGUGUUUUGACCAUAACAGUUUACAAUCCAGGGUUACUCCAAGCAGUUUAGUCUCCUCAAUUUGCUCAAUUUCCACAUUAUUCAUUACAAUAUUUAGUUGAGGUUUAGGGUUUAGUGAAUGAUUUGUCCCAAAUACAAUGCUUUUAGUGUUUUGACAAACUUAUUUCUUGCCACCCAUUCUGAAACUGACUGCAGCUCUUUAAGUGUUGCAAUGAUUUCACACGCUGUAGUAGAUGACGUGUAUAGUGUUGAGUCAUCCGCAUACAUAGACACACAGGCUUUACUCAGAGCCAGUGGCAGGUCAUUAGUAAUGAUUGAAAAAAGUAAAGGGCCUAGACAGCUGCCCUGGGGAAUGCUUGAUUCUACCUGGAUUAUGUUGGAGAGGCUAGCAUUAAAGAACACCAUAUGUGUUAUGUUAGACUGGUAACGUCUGUUUUAACGUCUGUUGUUAAUCUAGUUACUGUAAAAUAGAAUUGUAUCUGGUCAAACACAAUUUUUUCCCCCAGAAGUAUACUUAGGGUUGGUAACAGGCUGAUUGGUCGGCUAUUUGAGCCAGUAAAGGGUGCUUUACUGUUCUUGGGUAGCAGAAUGACUUUUGCUUCCCUCCAGGCCUGAGGGCAUACACUUAGAUUGAAGAGAUGGCAGAUAGGAGUGGUAAUAUUGUUUGCUAUCAUCCUCAGUAAUUUUCCAUCCAAGUUGUCAGACCCCAGUGGCUUGUCAUUGUUGAUAGACAACAAUAAUUGUUUCAAAUCUUCCACACUCACUUUACGGAAUUCAAAAUUACAAUGCUUGUCUUUUCAUAAUUUGGUCAGUUAUACUUGGAUUGGUUCGGUGUUUGUUGCUGGCAUGUCAUGCCUAUUUGCUAAUCUUGCCAAGGAAAAAAUCAUUAAAGUAGUUGGCAAUAUCAGUGGGUUUUGUAAUGAAUGAGCCAUCUGAUUCAAUGAAUGAUGGAGCUGAGUUUGCCUUUUUGCCCAACAUUUUCAUUUAAGGUGCUCCAAAGCGUUUUACUAUUAUUCUUUAUAUCAUUUAUCUUUGUUUCAUAGUAUAGUUUAUUUUUGUUCUAUUUAGUCACAUGAUUUCUCAAUUUGCAGUAGGUUUGCCAAUCGGUUUGCCAACCCUCUCAACCAUAACACUUUUCAAUUCCUUAUCAAUCCACGGGGAUUUAACAGUUUUUAGUCAUUUUCUUAAUGGGUGCCUGCAUUUUAGUAACUGGAGUAAGCAAUUUCAUAAAUGUGUCAAGUGCAGUGUCUGGUGGCUCCUAAUUACACACCACAGACAAGCAAAUAUUCUUUACAUCAUCAACAUAGGAAUCACUACAAAAACUCUUGUAGGACCUCUUAUACACAAUAUUAGGUCCAGUCUUUGGAACUAGGUUUUCCUAGAUAUGGCUACCAUAUUGUGAUCACUACAUCCAAUGGAUUUGGAUACUGCUUUACAGCAGGUUUCUGCAGCAUUAGUAAAGAUGUGAUCAAGCUUUCCAUGCCUACUUUAUUUAUUUCUCAACUCCUAAAUAUGCAAAAAAAAUUAACCCUGAGUUUUUAGCAGCGAGAUGGUUAGCAUGUUACUGCUCAACUAUUUGCAGUGAGUGAAUAGGGGAGAGUGGGGCUAAAUGUAAGACGGGUCAAUUGUAGGGUGACUUGGGGUAAAACGCACCCUACCUUAAAUAAUUUUGGGGGAGUGACUUAACUUGUGAUGAGACAGAUUACAUUUUUUGUUCAGUAAGAGUAUUGGCAACCAGGAAUGUGUUGGGGGAAAAAAUUGUGACAUGAAGCUGACUAGGUGAAAAAUCUGUCGAUUUGCCCUUGAGCAAGGCACUUAACCCUAAUUGCUCCUGUAAGUCACUCUGGAUAAGAGCGUCUGAUAAAUGACUAAAAUAUAAAUGUAAGUGGUUUCUGUGAGAAGUACAGGCAGGGGGCGUGUUACCCUAACAGGUAGACCUAUAUUAUAGAUUUACUGCGUUUAUGUAAGUUCAUCAAUAAGAUGCUAAUUAGUUAAAUAAUCACAUUUGGGAUCUAGCUAAUGAUUAGCUCAAUAGGGUAAAUGCAGGUAGGCACCCCAUGCUUCAGCCCAUUUAUUUAUAGCCACUAUGCUGCUAUCAGUUGUGCUACAGGUGAUAAUGCUUAUUGCUAAUAGCAGACCUGAUAUACAGUUGAAGUCGGAAGUUUACAUACACCUUAGCCAAAUACAUUUAAACUCAGUUUUUCACAAUUCCUGACAUUUAAUCCUAGUAAAAAUUCCCUGUCUUAGGUCAGUUAGGAUCACCACUUUAUUUUAAGAAUGUGAAAAGUCAGAAUAAUUGUAGAGAGAAUGAUUUAUUUCAGCUUUUAUUUCUUUCAUCACAUUCCCAGUGGGUCAGAAGUUUACAUACACUCAAUUAGUAUUUGGUAGCAUUGCCUUUAAAUUGUUUAACUUGGGUCAAACGUUUCGGGUAGCCUUCCACAAGCUUCCCACAAUAAGUUGGGUGAAUUUUGGCCCAUUCCUCCUGACAGAGCUGGUGUAACUGAGUCAGGUUUGUAGGCCUCCUUGCUCGCACACGCUUUUUCAGUUCUGCCCACAAAUGUUCUAUAGGAUUGAGGUCAGGGCUUUGUGAUGGCCACUCCAAUACCUUAACUUUGUUGUCCUUAAGCCAUUUUGCCACAACUUUGGAAGUAUGCUUGGGGUCAUUGUCCAUUUGGAAGACCCAUUUGUGACCAAGCUUUAACUUCCUGACUGAUGUCUUGAGAUGUUGCUUCAAUAUAUCCACAUAAUCUUCCUUCCUCAUGAUGCCAUCUAUUUUGUGAAGUGCACCAGUCCCUCCUGCAGCAAAGCACCCCCACAGCAUGAUGCUGCCACCCCCGUGCUUCACGGUUGGGAUGGUGUUCUUUGGCUUGCAAGCAUUCCCCUUUUCCUUGCUGAGCGGCCUUUCAGGUUAUGUCGAUAUAGGACUUGUUUUACUGUGGAUAUGGAUACUUUUGUACCUGUUUCCUCCAGCAUCUUCACAAGGUCCUUUGCUGUUGUUCUGGGAUUGAUUUUUGCACUUUUCGCACCAAUGUACGUUCAUCUCUAGGAGACAGAAAGCGUCUCCUUCCUGAGCGGUAUGACGGCUGCGUGGUCCCAUGGUGUUUAUACUUGCGUACUAUUGUUUGUACAGGUGAACAUGGUAUCUUCAGGCAUUUAGAAAUUGCUCCCAAGGAUGAACCAGACUUGUGGAGGUCUACAAUUUUUUUUCUGAGGUCUUGGCUGAUUUCUUUUGUUUUUCCCAUGAUGUCAAGCAAAGAGGCACUGAGUUUGAAGGUAGGCCUUGAAAUACAUCCACAGGUACACCUUCAAUUGACUCAAAUGAUGUCAAUCAGAAGCUUCUAAAGCCAUGACAUCAUUUUCUGGAAUUUUCCAAGCUGUUUAAAGGCACAGUCAACUUAGUGUAUGUAAACGUCUGACCCACUGGAAUUGUGAUACAGUGAAUUAUAAGUGAAAUAAUCUGUCUGUAAACAUUGUUGGAAAAAUAACUUGUGUCAUGCACAAAGUAGAUGUCCUAACCGACUUGCCAAAACUAUAGUUUGUUAACAAGAAAUAUGUGGAGUGGUUGAAAAACGAGUUUCAAUGACUCCAACCUAAGUGUAUGUAAACUUCCGACUUCGACUGUAUAUGCAUGGUCCAUUAUGUAGAAAUAAUUUAAACAAAUAAAAAUUAUAUUUUAGAUGGUGGCAGCAUCAUUUUAUUUUCAUUCAAUUUGGAGUGGAAUGUCAUUUUAAAAAGUCACCAGAACUGAGCUUCUCAUUCCUUCUACAUACAAAUUAUUCAGUGGCCCUGGUCAGGGCUGGACUACUGCAUUUGGUAAUCCGGCCCUGGGCUAUACAAAGACUAAACCCCUAAUGAAAUACAGGAAGCAACAGUAUAGCUCGAAAGCUGGAAGAUGAUUGGAUAUAGUCAUUUUGGAAUACCUUGACCUUUUGACCUCUGUCUGUUUACAGACCUUGUGGAGGCCAAGCUGGUGGGCAUCCUGGACAUCCUGGAUGAAGAGAACCGUCUACCUCAGCCCAGCGACCAGCACUUUGCAGAGACCGUACACAACAAGCACAAGAACCACUUCCGACUGACCGUGAGUAUUUACUUUAACCAGGAAUCAUGUCCUUUUUGUGUGUUAUAGGCUGUGCAUGUGUGUGCGUUUUUAGCAGUUGUAAUGUCAGUCGUGUGUUUUCUUUCUUUGUUAAGCCAUUGGAAUAGGUCAUGCUUCAGUGGUUGUAUUUGUGUUUCACUUAUUUAAAAUGGAUGAUGUGUGUGUGUGUGUGAUGCGUCCCUCAGGUGCCUAGGAAAUCCAAGCUGCAAGUCCACAGGAAUAUGAGGGAUGACGAGGGAUUCAUCGUCAGACACUUUGCAGGAGCAGUGUGCUAUGAGACGGUACGUUGAGGUUCACACACAAUGACUCAGCAGGAUGUCUGACGGCAAAAAACAACAUCACACCUUUUUUAUGAUUUUAUCAGGUGUAUUUAUGUUAUCCACAAUGUCCUUGUGGUAGGCCUAUACUGCAGCAUCUUCAACCAAACAUUCUCCUGCUUUGAAAUCUGCACAUAACCCAGCAGGUGGAACUCAAAGCAUGUUUUUUAAUAUGAAUGACCCACUUAUCUUCCAAACAGAGUAGCCUUUUUGUGAACGGGGUACUUCUGCAUCUUCAAGGUUCUACAUUUUCUCUGAAUUGCAGACCAAGUUUGUGGAGAAGAACAAUGACGCGCUGCACAUGUCCCUGGAGUGCCUGGUGAGUGAGUCUAAAGACCGGUUUAUCCGGGAGCUCUUUGAGAACUCCAACAACACCAAGGAUGCCAAACAGAAGGCCGGCAAACUCAGCUUCAUCAGCGUCGGCAACAAAUUCAAGGUGAGGACGAAUGUUAAUCCCAAGCCUUUUAUUACCACACUUUAUUAUUGCGCUGCUCAACAUGGUAGGCAUCCCAAAUGGCACCCUAUUCUAUACAGUGGGGAGAACAAGUAUUUGAUACACUGCCGAUUUUGCAGGUUUUCCUACUUACAUUUACAUUACAUUACAUUUUAGUCAUUUAGCAGACGCUCUUAACCAGAGCGACUUACAGGAGCAAUUAGGGUUAAGUGCCUUGCUCAAGGGCACAUUAACGUCAUUUAGCAGACGCUCUUAGCCAGAGCGACUCACAAAUUGGUGCGUUCACCCUAUAGCCAGUGGGAUAACCACUUUACAAUUUGGGGGGGGGGGGGGGGGGUUAGAAGGAAUACUUUAGCCUAUCCCAGGUAUUCCUUAAAGAGGUGGGGUUUCAAAUGUCUCCGGAAGGUGGUAAGGUGGUAUGUCACUUACAAAGUAUGUAGAGGUCUGUCAUUUUUAUCAUAGGUACACUUCAACUGUGAGAGACGGAAUCUAAAACAAAAAUCCAGAAAAUCACAUUGUAUGAUUUUUAAGUAAUUAAUUUGCAUUUUAUUGCAUGACAUAAGUAUUUGAUACAUCAGAAAAGCAGAACUUAAUAUUUGGUACAGAAACCUUUGUUUGCAAUUACAGAGAUCAUAUGUUUCCUGUAGGUCUUGACCAGGUUUGCACACACUGCAGCAGGGAUUUUGGCCCACUCCUCCAUACAGACCUUCUCCAGAUCCUUCAGGUUUCGGGGCUGUCACUGGGCAAUACGGACUUUCAGCUCCCUCCAAAGAUUUUCUAUUGGGUUCAGGUCUGGAGACUGGCUAGGCCACUCCAGGACCUUGAGAUGCUUCUUACGGAGCCACUCCUUAGUUGCCCUGGCUGUGUGUUUCGGGUCGUUGUCAUGCUGGACGAGCCAGCCACGACCCAUCUUCAAUGCUCUUACUGAGGGAAGGAGGUUGUUGGCCAAGAUCUCGCGAUACAUGGCCCCAUCCAUCCUCCCCUCAAUAUGGUGCAGUCGUCCUGUCCCCUUUGCAGAAAAGCAUCCCCAAAGAAUGAUGUUUCCACCUCCAUGCUUCACGGUUGGGAUGGUGUUCUUGGGGUUGUACUCAUCCUUCUUCUUCCUCCAAACACGGCGAGUGGACCAAAGAGCUCUAUUUUUGUCUCAUCAGACCACAUGACCUUCUCCCAUUCCUCCUCUGGAUCAUCCAGAUGGUCAUUGGCAAACUUCAGACGGGCCUGGACAUGCGCUGGCUUGAGCAGGGGGACCUUGCGUGCGCUGCAGGAUUUUAAAUCCAUGACGGCGUAGUGUUAUACUAAUGGUUUUCUUUGAGACUGUGGUCCCAGCUCUCUUCAGGUCAUUGACCAGGUCCUGCCGUGUAGUUCUGGGCUGAUCCCUCACCUUCCUCAUGAUCAUUGAUGCCCCACGAGGUGAGAUCUUGCAUGGAGCCCCAGACCGAGGGUGAUUGACCGUCAUCUUGAACUUCUUCCAUUUUCUAAUAAUUGCGCCAACAGUUGUUGCCUUCUCACCAAGCUGCUUGCCUAUUGUCCUGAAGCCCAUCCCAGCCUUGUGCAGGUCUACAAUUAAAUCCCUGAUGUCCUUACACAGCUCUCUGGUCUUGGCCAUUGUGGAGAGGUUGGAGUCUGUUUGAUUGAGUGUGUGGACAGGUGUCUUUUAUACAGGUAAUGAGUUCAAACAGGUGCAGUUAAUACAGGUAAUGACUGGAGAACAGGAGGGUUUCUUAAAGAAAAACUAACAGGUCUGUGAGAGCCGGAAUUCUUACUGGUUGGUAGGUGAUCAAAUACUUAUGUCAUGCAAUAAAAUGCAAAUUAAUUACUUAAAAAUCAUACAAUGUGUUUUUCUGGAUUUUUGUUUUAGAUUCCGUCUCUCACAGUUGAAGUGUACCUAUGAUAAAAAUUACAGACCUCUACAUGCUUUGUAAGUAGGAAAACCUGCAAAAUUGGCAGUGUAUCAAAUAUUUUUUCUCCCCACUGUAAAUAGUGCACUACUUUUGACCAGGGCCCAUAGGGCUCUGGUCAAAAGUAAUGCACUAUGUAGGGAAUAGGAUGCUAUUUGGGACGCAACCACCGUUGCCUAUGUUCAAGUAUGUUAAUCCUGUGUUUUAUAGGCAAAACAGUAGCAUCAAUGCUAUAUGUUUACUUUAUGGUCGUAACAGUGAUGUCCUUCCUUACUCUAUGCUAAGUGAUAUUGAUCCUGUAAGAAGUGUUGUUGAUGUUGUUGUUAUUAUUAAGUGAAAUAUUUAGUCAUGUUAAUAAGAAGUUAUUGUUAGCUGUCAUGGAACUACACUGCACCUAGACCAUGGAGAGAAGCAGAAAAGUUAGAAUACAAGAGAGUUACAAAAAGUUAUUACAAUUUUAGAGGUAAUUUGAACCGGGUUCUCGGUUGCAUAAUGUGUUUUGAAGGUGUUGUCUGAUUGAAUCUACCUUUCGUUUAGUUUCCGCAGAGUUCAUGUUCUCUCUGUAUCCUGUUACCUGUGGUGUUCUAAUGCCUCUCCCUCCCACUGUUCCUCCUCCCUUUCUGUUCUGUUCUUCAUUCCUCCUCCCUCUGUCUCCUUUCCAUAUCCCCCCAUCAUAGCUGUGAUUUAAAGUUCAGAAGGUGUGUAGAGAGAGGGAGAAAUACUGACAGGAAAAGCAGAAACGUAGGGGGGGUAAAAUCAGUCGUGAUGACUCGUAGAAUCAGCCAGGGAAAUAAGGUAACUCGUCUUGUGCUGUUGUGUGUUACGAAUCCCCACAAUGCAUCAGUGAAUAAUGCAGUGAACGGCCUGAUGUUCUCCAGCUAACCGCUUCCAGCCACCCCCUGUCCCCUCUCUCCCCAGUCUUGUCUCUGUGCUGCCUCCCUCCACAGUUUGUCCCUUGCACCACAACCUGCAUACUUUGAAUCUGAAUUCAGCUCACAGCAAACACUUGCUAAUGAUAUCUGGAUGUUGGCAGCUUUCAAUUCCAAUUAAUUUAGAUGUUAUCCAUAUCAGUAUCGACAGUGUACAGUAGUGUCAAUAUUUUGCAACUUGUUAUAGACCACAGCGAGAUCCAUAGCUUGUAGGAUCAGAUCAAUCUUUACUGACAGGAUCAAUGACCAUCGAUCAAUUGCCCUAAAGUCCAAUUACCGUGCUACGAUACCUCGUAAAAAUUCUGACAAGUACAAUAAAUACAAGACUUAUGUGCAUGCCAGUUGGCAGCUGCACCCAAUAUGACUGCCUGCCAGGCACCUACUGUAAAUAUUAUGGAGCUACUGUAAAUAAGGCAGCUACUGUAGAAAUAGUGAUAUAGAUCAUAAGUCUUUGAGCUUGACUAAGGCCUGAUCAGUGAUGCAGCGUUUAGUACCCGUCUGUUCUCAGAGUUACAAGGUGAGAUAGGAAGCGUUUUCAGCUGAUCAUUUGCGAUGUGAUAUCCUGCCGGGUGUAUGAAUAUUAAUGUCCCAGUGGUGGUCCCUAGACCAAUCAGUCUGUUAAACACAGCUCUUUGCAGACUAGGGUUGCAAAAUUCCAGUAACUUUCUCAAAAUUCCCAGGUUUUCCAGAAAUCCUGGUUGGACAGUUCCUGAAAUCAGGGGGGAAUUCGAACUGGGAUUUCUGGAAAACCUGGACAUGUUGGGAAGGUUACAGGGGUUUUGCAACAAGAGCUCUAGAACAGUGACAGAGAGGGGCCAACAAGCGGUUAUCUGUCUGUCUGUCUGUCUGUCUGUCUGCCAUCCCACAAUGCACAGUUAGUUGGCUACCAUGCAUUCCUCCGUCUGUGUCUGUCCCUCUGUUCCUGUGGUCCUAUCAGUGUUGUAUUUAGGCCUGUUUGCAUGAAUUACAUUAAAACGGAAUCUCUUUUGUUUUAGUUUCAAUGCGCUUCAACCAUAAAUGUGUGCCCUUCACGGCUGUACUGUUGCUUAAGUAGCUGUUGAUUUGAGUUUUGGACAGGCGCGCUGGAGGCAGAAAGAGACUAGACAGGUCUGUAAAGUCUGUCUGUAUCACUAAACAAAGGUUUUCUUUUCUUCUUUUACAUCAACAGACCCAGCUGAACAUUCUACUGGAGAAGCUUCGCAGCACGGUUAGUAUUUACUACAGUGCUAAACGAUUUACUGCUUUAACCCACUCACAGGGUAUCUAACUUGAGUUGAUAUCGGGUCUCCUAUAAUAUAACUUUAUCGAUCUCCCAGGGAAAUGUUUUAUUUUGUCAGUCCAUAAUGCCUAAGCUGAUGUCUAACCAAUCUGGGUCACCAAAGAGGUGCACUGUGGCCAUCUUCACUGUGGCUGCUGUCAGGGCUAACAGCUUGAAAUUGCAUAUAGAACACUUCAAUUGAAUAGGAUCUUUAUGACUAACAGCCUCUUCUCUCUCUCCCUCCCAGGGCUCCAGUUUCAUCCGCUGUAUCAAGCCCAAUCUGAAGAUGGUCAGCCACCAAUUUGAAGGGGCCCAGAUCCUCUCUCAGCUGCAGUGCUCAGGUCAGUAUAUAGUCCUAAAGAGAAGGACUAAUCAACUUGGCACCCUAUUCCCUAUGCGCCCUGGUCAAAAGGGUGCCAUUUAAAACACACACUCUACAUUGGUGAUGGAUGACGUGAAGUUUCCCCACCGUACUAUGUAAAGCGCUAAUCCAGUUAAUUAUUAAUUAGUUUAUAUUUAACUUGCAUACAACGACACAGGGAGACCUGACUACAGAUGUGGAAUUUUAAUCCGCCAGAAAGCAAUCAAAUGCAAAAUGACCAGUGUGAUUUACAUGCAUUUACUGAAAACUCAGUUUUCCUUCCUCUCCACAAAUUAGCACACAAUUACAUUUGGAGAAGAGCUACUGUAUAGCAUCUACAUUUCUGCUUGUUCAUCACAAAUUCCUACCAGUGACCUGAACUUGACAGUGCCCUGUUCCACAGCAAUCGUCCUCGUCCUAGAUCUAGAUGGGUGUACGUGCGGUGGCCCGCUGGGGACAAUAGCCAAGAGCUGUUCUACUUGAGUGUUUUUUGAACUUUUCUCUUUCUCAGACCUUUAAACUAAAGGCUGCUAAGCAAAUUAAAAGUCCCAUUCUCCUGUUCAAUUUGCAUACUACAUUUAACAUGCUUUUCUUCUGUAUCCUUGGAGAUUCCUUUUUAUUUUAAUUUUUAUUAAUUUUUUAUCUACACAAACUCAUUAGUGAUCCCUCAGAUACAGGGAGAGACUGUGCUCCAGCUCUCUGAGAUAAAGUACAAAUUGUAGUGCGUUAACUGUAUUGAGUGGGUGGUGGACUGAGUGAAGUCAGCAAAUGUUAGUUUGAUACAUUGGAAGAAUGAGUCAGAGAAAUGUGUCUUAAGGUUUACCACUGACUGAAAAGGAGAAGAUUAAAGCUUUAGCUAGUGUUGUACAAUAAAUAAUAUAUUUCUGAAAUGGAGAAAGUGUCAUGCCUUAACUUCUGAUGCAAUAUUCGAUUAUUUAAGGUUAUUUGAGGCAUCAUUCGAUUUUUUUCCUUCGAUAAUAAAGCUGCCAUUAGUUACAACUGCCAAGAUGUUCAGUUGAGCUGGAGUGACCCUGUGUAUGUCUGUGUGUAGGAAUGGUGUCUGUGCUAGACCUCAUGCAGGGAGGCUUCCCCUCCAGAGCUCCAUUCCAUGAGCUCUACAACAUGUACAAACAGUACAUGCCUGCCAAGCUGACCCGCCUGGACCCAAGGCUCUUCUGCAAGGUCAGUGCCUCAUGACACACACAGAUAUGCACACACACACACACACACACAAACACACACUGGCCCUGCUCUGGGCUUCUCUACAAACACAGUUUGACAUGUUGAUAUGACAUGUAUUGACAUCAUGCGUUUGUGCUGCAGGCUUUAUUCAAAGCGCUGGGUCUGAACGAGAACGACUACAAGUUUGGGCUGACCAGAGUGUUCUUCAGACCUGGGAAGGUGAGAACUCCAUGAUCUGUCCCUGUCUCUGUGCUGUUGUCAUUUCCCUGGUUCUCAUCAUUACAAUGUUCCUCAGACUGAAUGGACUUCAAAGGAAUCAGUAUUAGUCAUUUGACUGUGAGGGGAAAGGGGUUUUGAUAAUAAACCAUGCCGAUCUAACACAGGGGGUAUUAAUUUCUGGAAGAGAUGAAUUAGUCAGUGAUGAUAAAUGUGCGGUUCGGAGGCCCUUUAUAAAAAUGUCUGCAUGUCGGUUAUGGCGUAAUUGGACUCUGUCACAGGCGAUCGCUGUGUGGGACAGGAGUAACUUUGACAUUGUAGCUCUGUAGUUUGGUGCUUAUGAAUGAAUCAAUAUGUUAUCCUCUAUUGACCCCGACCAGACAGGUACUGCUGUUAUGGCUUUCAAUUGAUAUACCUAUUGUUAUCUCCGCUGAGCAGGGAACAUCUGCAUACUAUUGGCUGUUUUAGAGGGGAAAGUGCCUUUGACUGCUCUAUGUUCUCUCACAUCUCUCCCCCAUCCUUCUCUCACAUCUCUCCCCCAUCCUUCUCUCACAUCUCUCCCCCAUCCUUCUCUCUCAUCUCUCUAUUUCUUCACUCGCCAUCCUUCUGUCAUUCCUCCUCCAUCCAUCCUUCCAUCCGCUCUCAUACCUCUUUCCUCCAUCCAUCCUCACCUCAGUUUAAAGAGUUUGAUCAGAUCAUGAAGUCGGACCCUGACCACCUGGCAGAGCUGGUCAAGAAGGUCAACCAGUGGCUCAUCUGCAGCCGCUGGAAGAAGGUCCAGUGGUGUUCCCUCUCUGUCAUCAAAUGUGAGUAACAUCAUGAUCUUGCUACCUACCACAUCACCAUUAUACACCAGGGCCUGUAUUCACAAAGCGUCUCAGAGUAGGAGUGCUGAUCUAGGGUCAGUUUUCCCAAUUAGGUCAUAAUGAAUACAAUUAUAUGGACAGGGGAGACCUGAUCCUAGAUCAGCUCACCUAUGCUGAUAUGCUUUGUGAACACGUGUUUUAGGAGACAAAUGGUUUAAAGUGAUUGCACCAGUUGCGCCGACCCAAUUCCGAUCAUACUGGCUCUGGCCAUCUGUUUUGUGUGGAGAUAUAAUCAGACCGCCUCAUUUUAAACUUCUUCAACCUGGGCCAAGAUAUUGCUUUUUCCUCCAUUACUCUAACGUGCUGUGGGGAUGUGUUGGCAGACAGUUCACCUCAGUCCUUCAGAUAUGAUCUAUUACUUGCCCAGACAGUAUACACUGAGUGUACAAAACAUUAGGAACACCUGCUCUUUCCAUGACAUAGACUGACCAGGAUAAUUCAAUCAGUGUAAAUGAAGGGGUGGAGACAGGUUGAAGGAUUGUGUGUGUGUGCCAUUCAGAGGGUGAAUGGGCAAGACAAAAGUUUUAAGUGCCUUUGAACCGGGAAGUAGGUACCAUGCGCACUGAUUUGAGUGUUUUAAGAACUGCAACGCUGCUGGGUUUUUCAAGCUCAACAGUUUCCCUUGUGUAUCAAGAAUGCUCCACCACCCAAAGGACAUCCAGCCAACUUGACACAACUGUGGGAAGCAUUGGAGUCAACAUGGACCAGCAUCCCUAUGGAACAUUUUCGAGAGUAGAGUCCAUGCCCUGACGAAUUGAGGCUGUUCUGAGGGCAAAAGGUGGUGCAACUCCUUGGUCUGCAUCCCAAAUGGCACCCUAUCCCCUAUGUUGUGCAUAGGGCUCUGGUCAAAAGUAGUGCACUAAUAAGGGAUUAGAGUGCUAUUUGGGAUAUACACUUAGUCACAGACAAUCUUUGACCCAUUGGGUUUACCUCUCACUGAGGCAACAUUUCCAUAUCGUUUGCUCUUUCUGUGUGAAUUACCGCUGUGGAGUGUACUGUGCAGCGUGUCCCCAAUAUUCAUUUAGCAACGGCACACCGCAGGUCUGGUCUGUGGGUGUCUGGGCUCUCAUUGUCACGUUCUCUCUCUCUCUCUCUCUCCUUUCUCCCUCUCUCCCUUCUCUCUCUCCCUCUCUCUUGCUCCAUGUCUCCCACAGUGAAGAAUAAGAUGAUGUACCGCGCCAGUGCCUGCAUCAAGAUGCAGAAGACUGUGCGCAUGUGGCUGUGCAGGAGGAAGCACAAGCCGCGGUGGGUAUCCUCUAAUCCCUCCCUCCCUCCCUCCCUCCACCUCUUCCUCGUUAUACUGCACUUUCACAGCUCAGGGGUGCCAGGCUGCUUAGCACAUCAUGCAUGCAUCUCCACGGAGACAGUCUUCUCUGUACCAGCUGGUGCCGCAAGGCUCUGUCUUAUUAUUUUUGUAAAGCUCCAGGAGAUCUGUACUGAUUACCACAGGGCCCGGUUGCAUAAAACACCUUAAGUUCAUUUUCCCCUUAUCUUUUCCCUUACAAUUUCCUUAAUUUUAAGUCAGUUGCACAACACAUUUUAAGGUGUAGUUCCCCCUUAAAUUAAGUGAAAAGGUUAAGGGUGCCAGUGAGGUCCCUUAACUGCUUCAUUCAGUAUGGAUAUCAAUGUAAACAGUAUUUGUGGAGGUGAAUGUUGCUUCCAUCUGUUCUGGUUACAAAAGGAAAACAUCAACCAGCUAGCUACUUAGCUAAACAAUGGAAGGUGCACAAUCCAUGGCUACAAAGCUAGCUGGCUAGUUAGCUAUAGGUACUCUGUAAGCUAGCUUGUUGCACUAGAAAGCAAUAUAAUAAGUAACAAGAAACAUGGUUUAUUAUCGUCUGAAGCAAUUUGUUUAUCCUGUCUUGAUUGUAGAUGUUCUAUUUUGCUAUCUCACAAAAUGAAAGCUCUCUUUGAUGAGACAUUUAGUCAGUGAAUCAGGUCGUGUCCAUGGUAACCAGAUAUUCUUUCUGCCAUACAUGCCUUCAAACUACUGUAAUGCCCUUACCUAAGGAAAUAUUUGAGGGGCUCUAUGCAAUGCCCUUAAACAAUUCCCUUAGGUAAGGGAACAUUAUUCCUUAAGGUAAACCCUUAAGAUGUUUUAUGCAACUGGGCUCAGAGCCUCUAGGUCAGUGGGACGGGGGUUACCAUACGAUUUUGUAAUUCUUUGAAAACCAACUGUCUUUGACAAACUGUGUGUGUGUGUGGUACAGGAUCGACGGGCUGGGUAAGGUUCGUAACCUGAAGAACAGGAUGGAUAAGUUCAACGAGGUUAUCGCCGGCCUGAAGGAGGGCAAGCAGGAGAUGAGCAAGCAGAUCCAGGAGCUGGAUGUCUCCAUCAACGCAACCAUGGUCAAAAUCAAGGUCUGUGAGAUAAUACCACCAGCCUUCCAUUCUGCAACCUCUCUGAGUUCUAUGAAAUCUCUCCUUUCUGCUUUUAAGUCAAACUUCUACAUAACCCCUUCUUUCUCCUCUUGUCUAUGAAUCCAAAAACGUCUAUUUCAUCAAGAACGUUUGUUGGAACUCUCUGUAUUUCAAUAUUCAUUAUUUCUACACAUUCAACUUUGAAAACCUCUAUACAACUUGCUCUCACAUCUCUGUAUAUCUCUGUAUUUCAUGAUUUCUUGUUUUCCUCCAUAUUCAACAUUGUUUUUGAAUGUCAAUACCCCAGCAUGUGUAUAGAAUCAAAGUGUAUGAGAUCGGCUCAAGCAUUCCUACAGUCAAACUUCUCCCUUCAACUAUUUUCAAAAACUCUAGCUCUAUUCUUUUCCAGAAAUCAAAGACAUGCAUGUCAUGUUUUCUUCUCACCUCCAUAUUAUAUAAUUCAUUAUUUCUCAACAUUCAACAUUGUUUUCUGAACAUCAUUACGCCAGUAUGUGCAUAGAAUCCACUCAACGUCAAAGACGUGUCCCAAAUAGCGCCCUAUUCCCAAUAUUGUGCGCUACAUUUGACUGGUCAAAAAUAGUCCACUAUAUAGGAAAUAGGGUGCUGUUUGGGAUGCAGGCAUUGCGCCUAUAACGCAUUCAUCCCAGUGUGGAAUAUUUAACACAUGGUGGAUAGUUGGAGGAAAGCUCUACCUGUUAAUAAUGGGCUUCAGCCAGCCAGAUGGUGUGCAAUUAUGGCAGGCUCAGUGUACAGACUAUGAAUUUUGGGGAACCUCUGGGGUAUGAAGACUUUUAAAUGAGGGCAGCUUUGACUGCCGUAAUUCACCCCCCUGUGUCAAUAAUUUUCUCUCAUUUUGCGAGUAGCAUAAUACAGGGUUUGUUAUUUAUUCACAGGACCUGAUGUUGUUUUGGCAGCUGUGCUGUAUAUUUGAAUCUGGCCCUCUCUCUCUCUACCCGUUGGCAUUGUGGCUUUCUUUGAAGCUAGGAGAUAUUUUUCAUCAUAGAUGAGGCUGAAUUUAAUAGGAUGCCUCAGUCCACGGGCUAUGAUCUGCAUUUUGAGAGGAUAUGCAUCUUGUCUCAGAGAGCCGUGUAUAUUAACUUUUGACUUCACUUAAUGAUGGUAGCGUGAUCCGUGAAAAAGCAUGGUAAACAUUUAAUUCCUUUGCGUCCAACUGAUUUGUUAGCCUUUUAAAGGUGAAACGUUUUAUUGUAUAGAGUCGUGGGCCUUUUAAGGUGAAACUAACAUCAAGUGCUGCUAAGUGUGACUUCAGAGUCUGAUGUCGUAGACAAAGCAUAAUUCAACGGAUGUUUGGGUUAUGAAAACCGAGUGAGGAGACGCUCUGUAUCCGUGUCCUCGGGCGAUAGUAGAGCUCAUCAAACACAGGCCCACAGCUGCGGAGCAGAAUAAGGCCUUCUGAUAAAAGGUUACUUUGACUGCAGAUGCGUAUGAAUAUUCAUCAGCAGCAGAGAGUGUUGCUAUAACACAUUUGCCUCUAAUUCAAACCUACACCACUGUCUGUGGAAGCUCUGUAAAUGCCAGCAGUCACAAAUGUAGGGCUCUGAUUGGGAUGAAUGUGUGAGUGCUCAGGGAAGGAGAUUGCACCCAACAGAAAUAUGAACUUGAAUACCCUCCCAGGCCAUCAAGACCAAUUAGUUGAGGCAUGGGUCUUGAUGGUCCGGGAAGGUGUUCCAGUUUGUAUUUCUCUUUGCUGCAAGGAGACACUUGCUGAAUCCCAAACCAGUCCCUUCCCCUCGCCCCUCGCCCCUCCAUUUGCGAAAGUGUCCAAACCUGAGGGAGUGAAAAUUGAGUAUGUAGGGGCUAAUUAGACCCUUCGAUAGCCAAUUCGACCGAGCCAGCAAGGCUGCCGAAGCGUUAUCCCUACACGCACCACGAUUUUGUAUUAGUUUGUGUUUGUGGUUUCAAGGGUAAAAUGAAAUCUCUCUGUCUCACACCUUACCUGUCCCUGUGUCCUACUCCCCCCUCAAUGUAGAGAUGGGGUGGACACUGCACCCUAUACAUGUUUGUUCUUGCUUAGUCUUUACUGAAUUCAAUACAAUUCUGCCAUUUUGGCUGCUGCCUUUUUCACGGGGUGCUACUCUACUCUCCCCUCAGACCACAGUCAUGACCCGCAUGGACAUCGACCACGAGUACCAGGCCCUGGUGACCCGGUCAGAGCAACUGCUGACCGCCAUGCAGAACAAGAAGAAGGAGGAGGAGGAGAAGGAGCGACUGAAGAAGAUCCAGGAAGAGAUGGAGAGAGAGAAGAAGAGGAGGGAGGAGGAGGAGCAGCGCCGCAAGCAGGACGAAGAUGACAGGCGCCUGUGAGUGGAGAGGGAUGGAGGGAUGGAGAGAUAGGGAUGAAAAGAGAGUGUAGAGGUGCUCAGACACAUUAGUCAUGCUUAGUGUCCUCCCCUCUUUCCAUUGGUGUAUAAAACCCUUAAGCAGAACUAAUGGCCCAUUGUAUCCGUCACUAGAUCCUAAUUUAAGGCAUUAGAGACGACUACCAAAACUUUAUGGACCUCCGACAACUCUGCCAACUUUAUAUGCCUGGUAACUGAAGGGCAUCGUCAUGGAAAUGGUCUAAUAAUUAGGCCUACCUACUGCUGAAGCACUUUGAGCAUGACCGUGUCAGAGGACCUUGAUAGCCAUAGAUGUCGUAAUGCAAUUAGCAGGGCUCUUCCAGUGGUCCCACAGGGUGGAUUAUUUAUUGGUUGGUUCCAAUUUAAUUGAUUCAUCUGUUUCACCUCCCUUAGUUCUGUAGCAGCGUCCUACCAGGGUGGAUAAAGUAUUGAUAUACAAACUGUAUGACCUUGACUAGGACUGAGGAACUGCUGUAUAGUAGAGUAGAGGCUCUUUCCAUUACUUAUGGUACAGUAUUGAUUAGGAAGUCCAACCUUUAUGACUCGCUGUGACACCAGACCCUAACAGCCUUUCUUAUUCUCCCUCUUCCUCAGGAAAGCGGAGAUGGAGCUGAAGAGAAAACAUGAGGAAGAGGAGCGGAAGAAGAGAGAAGAAGAGGAGAGGAAGCUUCAGGUUAUUGACAGUGUUCUUCUUCCCCUGUUUGGUUUCUCCUUGUCAAUGUUUGCCGCAGGGUGUAGCACAAUGCUCCACUUCUCAAUGUUCUCUGGCAGAUGAACUCCCUCAAACUCAAACUUCUGUGCUGCUCUUCUACCCCACCUCUAUCUCGCUCUCGCUCUCGCUCUCGCUCUCACGCUCUCUCUCUCAAUUCAAUUCAAUUCAAUUCAAUUUGCUUUAUUGGCAUGACGUUACAAUGUACAUAUUGCCAAAGCUUACUUUGGAUAUUUACACUUAACAUAAUAAAAAUAAUAAAAAUCAAUAUUGUCAACGGGACAACAGUAACAACAAUAACCAAGGGUCAAAAUAACCAUUGAACAAUAACAAUAUAGAGGACAUGUGCAGGUUGGUUGGUCUGUCAGACACUGUCCCUCAUCUUAUUAGUGGCAGCAAUGUAGUGCGCUGCCAACCCACAGCUCUCUGCGUCCUCCCCCAACAGGACGGGUAGCCUGUUCUCAUCAGAGAGGUCUUUGAAACCUUGAAAAAUUGUUUCAAAUUUGGGGAAAUGACACUCUUAAUUGUUUUAUAUUUUUGACAUUUUGUCAGGAAAUGCAGCUCUGUCUCAGGUUCUGCUGUGGUGCAGUGGUUGCACAGCCUUUCCUCUACAGGGAGCCAGGUUUUCCUGUGUCUACCCUUCUCAAUGGCAAGGCUGUGCUCACUGAGCCUGUACUUUGUCAAGGUUUUUCUAAGGUUUUGAUCAGUAACAAUGGUCAAAUAGUUAGCCACGGUGUACUGUCGAUUUAGGGCCAGAUAGCACUGCAUUUUACUUUGUGCCUGUGUUUCCCAAUAAGCAAUGUAGUUUUGUUUUGACUGUGUUGUAAUUUGGUUUAGUCUGAUUGAUUGGAUGUUCUGGUCCUGAGGCUUCAGUGUGUUAGUAGAACAGGUUUGUGAACUCAGCCCCAGGACCAGCUGGAUGAGGGGACUCUUUUUUUUCUAUGCUCAGCUCUUGGCAUUGCAGGGCUUGGUAAUGAUAUGAGAGGGGGUCACUUUAUUUUAGAUGUUUCCAAAACUUAAUUGCUCUUUUUUGAGUUUGUAUUAUUAGUGGAUAUUGGCCUAAUUCUGCCAUGCAUGCAUUGUUUGUAGUUUUCCUCUGGACACGUAGGAUAAUCUUACAGAACUGUGCAUGCAGGGUUUCAAUGGGGUUUGUGUCCCAUUUGGUGAAAUCUUGUUUUGCAAGUGGACCCCACACCUCGCUGCCAUAAAGUGCAAUUGGUUCAAUGACACGUUCAAUUCGUUUUAGCCAAAUUUUAAGAGGUAUUUCAAUUUGAUUUUCUUUUUUAUGGCAUAGAAUGCCCUGCAUGCUUUCUCUCUGUUCAUUCACUGCAUCAUUAAGGUGUCCAGUUGAGCUUAUUUUUAAACCUAAGUAAUUGUAGUGUGUGCAGUACUCUACAUAUUUUGUACCAAUUGAGAACUUUGGUCUAAUUCCCUGAAACUUUGGUCUAUCUUCUCUGGAAAAUCAUUAUUUUACUAUUUUUGGGGUUUACUGCCAGGGCCCAGGUCUGGCAGUACUGCUCUAGCAGGUCCAGGCUCUGCUGUAGGCCAUGUGCUGUGGUUGACAGCAGGCAUAGGUCAUCUGCGAAGAGCAGGCAUUUAACCUCUGAAUUGUGGAGACUUAACACCAGGGGCUGGGGAUUUUUCUAGAAUAGUGGCCAAUUCGUAUAUGUAAAUAUUGAAGAGUGCAGGGCUCAGAUUGCAACCCUGGCGAAGGCCCUGCCCCUGGUUAAAGAAUUCUGUUAUUUUCGUGACAAUUUUGAUGCUGCACGUAUUGAUUUAAUUAUGUAAUAUGUUUUACCCCCUACACCACUUUCAAUAACUUUGUAGAACAGUCCUGUAUGCCAAAUAGAAUCAAAUGCUUUUUGGAAGUCGAUAAAGCAACGGUACAUUUUGGUAUUAACUUGGUGGACAUGUUUAUCUAUCAGGGUGUGUAGGGUGUAAAUAUGAUCGGUCGUGCAACGUUUUGGUAUAAAUCCAAUUAGGCUUUUACUCAAGACACUGUGCUUAUUAAGUACAUUUAGAACUCUUACAUUUAUAAUACUACAGAACAUUUUCCCCAGGUUACUGUUCACACAAAUGCCUCUGUAAUUGUUAGGGUCAAAUUUGUAUCCGUUCUUAAAGAUUGGGGUUAUGAGUCCUUGAUUCCAGAUAUCAGGGAAAUAACCUACACUCAGGAUCAAAUUAAACAGUUUUAAUAUAGCCAAUUGACAUUUUGCACUAGUGAAUUUGAGCAUCUCAUUUAGGAUGCCAUCAGGUCCGCAUGCUUUUUUAAAUUUGAGGGCCUGAAGUUUCUUAUAGAGCUCCUGGUCAGUAAUUGGGGAGUCCAAUGGAUUUUGAUUGUCCUUUAUAGCUUUUUCUAAUCCAUUCAACUUCUCAUGAAUUUGGCAUUGUUCUGCAUUUAUGUCAAUUUGAACGGUGUUGUAGAGUGUUUUAAAAUGGGUUGUCCAUAUGUCACCAUUUUGUAUCGCUAAUUCCUCGUUUGUAUUUUUUUAUUUUUUUCCCAAUUUGCCAGAAGUUGUUUGUGUUUAUGGACUCCUCAAUUAGUGUCAGCUGCUUGCUGUUGUACUGUGCUUUUUUAGUUCUGAGUGUACGUUUAUAGAGUUUUAAAGUCUCACAGUAAUGAAGGCGUAAUUCACCAUUAUUUGGGUCUCUGUGCUUUUGGUUUGAUAGUGUUCUAAGUUUUUUCCUUAUAAUUCUACAAUCUGCAUCAAACCAGUUGUCAUCUGUGGUCUUUUUUGUUUUUUAUACAUUUACGUUGUGCUUCUUUUGCAGUUUGCCUGAAUAUAUACAGUGGGGAGAACAAGUAUUUGAUACACUGCCGAUUUUGCAGGUUUUCCUACUUACAAAGCAUGUAGAGGUCUGUAAUUUUUAUCAUAGGUACACUUCAACUGUGAGAGACGGAAUCUAAAACAAAAAUCCAGAAAAUCACAUUGUAUGAUUUUUAAGUAAUUAAUUUGCAUUUUAUUGCAUGACAUAAGUAUUUGAUCACCUACCAACCAGUAAGAAUUCCGUCUCUCACAGACCUGUUAGUUUUCUUUAAGAAGCCCUCCUGUUCUCCACUCAUUACCUGUAUUAACUGCACCUGUUUGAACUCGUUACCUGUAUAAAAGACACCUGUCCACACACUCAAUCAAACAGACUCCAAUCUCUCCACAAUGGCCAAGACCAGAGAGCUGUGUAAGGACAUCAGGGAUACAAUUGUAGACCUGCACAAGGCUGGGAUGGGCUACAGGACAAUAGGCAAGCAGCUUGGUGAGAAGGCAACAACUGUUGGCGCAAUUAUUAGAAAAUGGAAGAAGUUCAAGAUGACGGUCAAUCACCCUCGGUCUGGGGCUCCAUGCAAGAUCCCACCUCGUGGGGCAUCAAUGAUCAUGAGGAAGGUGAGGGAUCAGCCCAGAACUACACUGCAGGACCUGGUCAAUGACCUGAAGAGAGCUGGGACCACAGUCUCAAAGAAAACCAUUAGUAACACACUACGCCGUCAUGGAUUAAAAUCCUGCAGUGCACGCAAGGUCCCCCUGCUCAAGCCAGCGCAUUUCUAGGCCCGUCUGAAGUUUGCCAAUGACCAUCUGGAUGAUCCAGAGGAGGAAUGGGAGAAGGUCAUGUGGUCUGAUGAGACAAAAAUAGAGCUUUUUGGUCUAAACUCCACUCGCCGUGUUUGGAGGAAGAAGAAGGAUGAGUACAAUCCCAAGAACACCAUCCCAACCGUGAAGCAUGGAGGUGGAAACAUCAUUCUUUGGGGAUGCUUUUCUGCAAAGGGGACAGGAUGACUGCACCGUAUUGAGGGGAGGAUGGAUGGGGCCAUGUAUCGCGAGAUCUUGGCCAACAACCUCCUUCCCUUAGUAAGAGCAUUGAAGAUGGGUCGUGGCUGGCUCUUCCAGCAUGACAACGACCCGAAACACACAGCCAGGGCAACUAAGGAGUGGCUCCGUAAGAAGCAUCUCAAGGUCCUGGAGUGGCCUAGCCAGUCUCCAGACCUAAACCCAAUAGAAAAUCUUUGGAGGGAGCUGAAAGUCCAUAUUGCCCAGCGACAGCCCCGAAACCUGACGGAUCUGGAGAAGGUCUGUAUGGAGGAGUGGGCCAAAAUCCCUGCUGCAGUGUGUGCAAACCUGGUCAAGACCUACAGAAAACGUAUGAUCUCUGUAAUUGCAAACAAAGGUUUCUGUACCAAAUAUUAAGUUCUGCUUUUCUGAUGUAUCAAAUACUUAUGUCAUGCAAUAAAAUGCAAAUUAAUUACUUAAAAAUCAUACAAUGUGAUUUUCUGGAUUUUUGUUUUAGAUUCCGUCUCUCACAGUUGAAGUGUACCUAUGAUAAAAAUUACAGACCUCUACAUGCUUUGUAAGUAGGAAAACCUGCAAAAUCGGCAGUGUAUCAAAUACUUGUUCUCCCCACUGUGUGUGUGUGUAUAUAUAUAUAUAUAUAUAUAUAUAUAUAUAUAUAUAUAUAUAUAUAUAUAUAUAUAUAUAUAUACAUACAGCUCUGGAAAAAUUAAGAGACCACUGCAAAUGUUUCUUAAAUCAGCAUCUCUACGUGUAUGACUUCCAUUCCAGUGUCUGUUGAAUUCCAACACAGACACACCUCAUUCUACUGAAUUAGGUACUGAUUAGGUGAUCACCUGAACCAAAUCUUAUUUAACAAGGAAAAGUAUAAAAACCACUGCUGUGGUCAUCACUAUCCUCUUGCAAUAGGACCAGCUGGAUGGCAAAAACAGUGCUAAUAGUACCUCAAAAGUAAUUUUAAUCAAAAAAUAACUAUUGACCAUGCCAAAAGUUUUGAGUGAGGAAAAGAAGGGUUCAAUACUGGCUUUACUGGCAGAGGGAUACAGUGAGCGUCAGGUUGCUUCCAUCCUUAAAAUGUCAAUGACGGCGGUUCAUAAGAACAAGUUCAAGCAGCAGACAUUGGGGACAACAAAGCUACAGACUGGCAGAGGGCGAAAAAACGACUCUCUACUGACCGGGAUGACCACCAACUCAUUCGAAUGUCACUCAACAACCGUAGGAUGACAUCAAGUGACCUACAAAAAGAAUGGCAAACGGCAGCUUGGGUGAAGUGCACGGCGAAAAACCCCCAGAGAAACUGAUCAUUUUGCAGUGGUCUCUUAAUUUUUUUCCAGAUCUGUAUAUAGAGUUGAUGUUUUUUACUGCUAAAUUGAUGCCUUCUUUGCGCAAAGGAACACCUAUUUUUCUGUCAGUACAAGUUAUUUUUUCAGUUUUAACCAAAUGUAAUAUUUACCAAUUUUGAGGGGAUCAAUUAGAUUUUGUUGUUCGGAUUUGUACCAAAUUAUCAAUCCUCCAGAGUCUCUGCCUCUAUUGACAGAGCUGUGUUUCUGUGACAGCACAAUUACCUCUCUGUAGCCUGUGGGACAGUGAGUGACAAUGUCUGCCUUACACCAUGUCUCCUGCAGAAUGAUGACGUCAACAUCUUUAAGAUUUGUUGGGAACUCCAGUGCUAAAUUCUUCAGUCCAAAGGUUGAUGAGUUUAGGCCCUUAAUGUUCCACAUGGUAACUGAUAGCGAUUUCAUGUUGCAAAAAGAAAGAACAGCACAGUCAAAAAUACAGUAACUACUAACUACUAAGUUAAGAGUGAGAUAAACAGGAUAACAGCAAACAUUUGUUCUGUUAUAUAUAUCAUUUGUAUAUUCCUAUUCAUUGAACAAGUAAACUUUUAGUACAGUGUGUGUGUGUGUGUGUGGAGCUGUUUAAUCUCACUCAACCCUACAGGGUUCUCCUGUCCUCUGAGGACCUCCGCGUAGCUGCGCUGGUCCUGCUGUUGGGCCCUGUGGAGUGGAGUGGGGCCAGGUCUGGGCCGGGGGGUUUCCUCUCUGGUCUGGUAGAGGUGAUGGUCUGGUGCGGGGUAGUAGGCUGGGCCCGGUCCAGUCUGGCUAAACUGAUGGAAGUGGUGAUGCUCUGGUGGUGGGUGGGGCCUGUGGGGUGUGCUGGCACUCUCUCUCACACUCUCGCUCUCAUUCACUCUCGCUCUCAUUCGCUCUCGCUCUCAUUCGCUCUCGCUCUCAUUCACUCUCACUCUCAUUCACUCUCGCUCUCGCUCUCAUUCGCUCUCAUUCACUCUCGCUCUCGCUCUCAUUCGCUCUCAUUCACUCUCGCUCUCGCUCUCAUUCGCUCUCGCUCUCAUUCGCUCUCGCUCUCAUUCACUCUCGCUCUCAUUCGCUCUCAUUCACUCUCGCUCUCGCUCUCAUUCGCUCUCGCUCUCAUUCGCUCUCGCUCUCAUUCACUCUCGCUCUCAUUCACUCUCGCUCUCGCUCUCAUUCGCUCUCAUUCACUCUCGCUCUCACUCUCAUUCACUCUCGCUCUCAUUCACUCUCGCUCUCAUUCGCUCUCGCUCUCAUUCACUCUCGCUCUCAUUCACUCUCGCUCUCAUUCACUCUCGCUCUCGCUCUCAUUCACUCUCGCUCUCGCUCUCAUUCGCUCUCGCUCUCAUUCGCUCUCGCUCUCAUUCACUCUCGCUCUCGCUCUCAUUCACUCUCGCUCUCAUUCACUCUCGCUCUCUCUCUCAUUCACACACUCUCUCUCUCUCUCUCUCUCUUGCUCUCUCUCACAUUAUCUUACACUCUCUCUCACACACCCUCUCUCACACACUUACUCUCACUGUCUCUCAUUCACUCUCUCGCUCACACUCUCUCACUCUCACUCUCUCUCUCACUUUGCUAUCACGCUCUCAUUCACUCUCUCACUCACACUCUCUCUCUCUCUCUCUCAUUCACUCUCUCACUCACUCUCACUCACUCUCUCUCGCUCUCUCACACUCUCUCUCUCUCUCUCUCUUUCACUCUCAUUCACUGUCAUUCUCCCUCACUCUCUCUCUCACACUCCCCCUCUCUCACACUCUCUCAUUCUCUCUCAUUCUCUUACUCACUGACUCUUUUUCUACACCCACUCACUCCAGUUCCGUAGAGAUGGUUAGACUUCUGAUGUUAAUAUACUGUCCAUCUGGCUCCCCAUGUUGUCCAUCUGAAGAGGGAUAGCACGACAGCACCCCAGAGAUCUGACCCCGGAUAAUCUACAGGCUUUUAGCUUUUAUUGCUGAAAACUGCACCCUAAAAUCAGUGUCUGGCCUAGAGCCCACCCUGAGCCCGGGGCAGGGUUGGUGCUUACUCAAACAGCCUUUUUAACCUUUAGAUACCCCAUCACCAUCACAUUGGGCUUCUGUGUAUGCGUUGGCAUGAAUAUGCAUGACUUGCAUUGCAGAUGUUUUAGUUUUGGGAGGAAAAGUCUACAUCAAACAUCCUCUAACUUUAGAGUGAUGGUUUUUUCUCCACCUUCAAUGGAUCCUGUCAUCCUGAACGGAAUUUCUCUCAACGCAGGUGUUUCUCUGAACCCAAGUUCUCAAUUGAUCUUAUUGCCAAAAAAAGUGUGAUCUUCUUUUCAACCGUGCCACUUGUAUUUUUCCCCAGUAGAAAACUUGACCAAAAGAUAAAUAUGUGCUUGGCUUGGUACCGUGGACUCCAUGCCGUAGUUGCACACCUUAAGGCUGCUUAUCCCCUGACCCUGGAUUGUGGCCAGCUCCUGUAGACUACAGCUAACAGCCCCUCAGGGACCCACAGGCAGAGGAAAGGCUCAUUAGUGGAUGUGCAAGGAGUCUAAUCAGGCCAUACCACACAUAUAGCCUCCUUCUCUAUGUCUCUAUUUGCUUAAGUCCCUGACACAGACUGUGGAGUGAUACAGAGAGGGAGACGGAGACAGAGAGGGAGACGUAGACGGAGAGGGAGACGUAGACGGAGAGGGAGACGUAGACGGAGAGGGAGACGUAGACGGAGAGGGAGACGGAGAGGGAGACAGAGAGGGAGACGGAGACAGAGAGGGAGACGGAGACAGAGAGGGAGACGGAGACAGAGAGGGAGACGGAGACAGAGAGGGAGACGGAGACAGAGAGGGAGACGGAGACAGAGAGGGAGACGGAGACAGGAGAGGGAGACGGAGAGGAGAGGAGCGAGAGGGGACGAGACGGAGACGUAGACGUAGACGGAGAGGGAGACGGAGAGGAGACGUACGGAAGGGAGACGGGAGGAGACGUAGACGAGAGGAGAGAGUAGACGAGAGACGCGAGAGAGGGAGACGGCGACGAGAGGAGACGGCACUGAAAGAGGGAGACGGGAUGAAAGAGGAGACGCGACUGAAGAGGGAGACGGCGACUGAAAGAGGGAGACGGCGACUGAAAGAGGGAGACGGCGACUGAAAGAGGGAGACGGCGACUGAAAGAGGGAGACGGCGACUGAAAGAGGGAGAGAGAGACGGCGACUGAAAGAGGGAGAGAGAGACGGCGACUGAAAGAGGGAGAGAGAGACGGCGACUGAAAGAGGGAGAGAGAGACGGCGACUGAAAGAGGGAGAGAGAGACGGCGACUGAAAGAGGGAGAGAGAGACGGCGACUGAAAGAGGGAGAGAGAGACGGCGACUGAAAGAGGGAGAGAGAGACGGCGACUGAAAGAGGGAGAGAGACGGCGACUGAAAGAGGGAGAGAGAGACGGAGACUGGGAGAGAGAGACUGCGACUGAAAGAGGGAGACGGAGACAGAGACGGCGACUGGGACAGAGGGAGACGGAGACAGAGACGGCGACUGGGACAGAGGGAGACAGAGACAGAGACGGCGACUGGGACAGAGGGAGACAGAGACAGAGACGGCGACUGGGACAGAGGGAGACAGAGACGGCGACUGGGACAGAGGGAGACAGAGACGGAGACUGGGACAGAGGGAGACAGAGACGGCGACUGGGACAGAGGGAGACAGACAGAGACGGCGACUGGGACAGAGGGAGACGGAGACGGCGACUGGGACAGAGGGAGACGGAGACGGCGACUGGGACAGAGGGAGACGGAGACGGCGACUGGGACAGAGGGAGACGGAGACUGGGACAGAGGGAGACAGAGACGGAGACUGGGACAGAGGGAGACAGAGGCGGAGACUGGGACAGAGGGAGACAGAGGCGGAGACUGGGACAGAGGGAGACAGAGACGGAGACUGGGACAGAGGGAGACUGGGACAGAGGGAGAGAGAGACGGAGACUGGGACAGAGGGAGACAGAGACGGAGACUGGGACAGAGGGAGACAGAGGCGGAGACUGGGACAGAGGGAGACAGAGACGGAGACUGGGACAGAGGGAGACUGGGACAGAGGGAGAGAGAGACGGAGACUGGGACAGAGGAAGAGACGGAGACUGGGAGACGGGAGAGAGACUAAAGAAGGUACCAAAGGGAGUAUCACCCAAUCUUGUGAACCUGCAGUCAUCCCAAACCUGCAGCGACGAGCUGCUAUUUUGAGAGCACUGUCAAAUGUCAUGCCCAUGUUAUAUACAUCUUCUUCAUACAAGGCGUUUAUGGUGCCCUUCAUGAGUCUGGCUUGGGCAGGGAAUUACUUAUGAAAAUGUGUUCAUAAGGACAUGGUGCAGGCAGGACCAUCCAUCAUAUUACUGGGUCCAUCUGCCUCCCCCACUCCCCUCUCCAAGAACCACAGGUCACCCACAGCGUAAGAGAGGAAAUGAGGCUGUCCUCUGACUCGCCUCUCACUCCCACAGGGCUCAUGCUGGCUUGGGUGUGUUAUUGGAUGCUGUACUUAGUGGAUUUGUGCUUGUGUGUUACAACAUGCUGGGGUAUGUGUCAUACUAUGUGUGUGUGUGUGUAUAUUAAAAUAAACUGUCUCUGCAGGCGGAGAUGGAUGUUCAGCUGGAGGCUGAGCGGGAGGAGGAGGCGGCGCGCCAGAACAUCCUGGAGCAGGAGAGACGCGACAGGGAGCUGGCCAUGAGGAUCGCCCAGAGCGAGGCUGAACUCAUCCCAGAGGAGAGCCAGAACGACGCAGGCCUGCGCAGGUAACAGCUCACUAACACAGCUAACACACCUCCAUACACCAUCUGUAGCCCUCUGAUGCGAAGCAGAGAUGGAUCUUGAUGAGGACUUUGGACCUGGAGAAACGGAAAUCACUGAGCGUCUGUAGGCCUGCCUAACCAAUCUCUUUUCUUCUUCUCUUCUCCCAGUAACGGCACCUCAGGUGUUCCAUCGUCCCCAGAGAGAGCUACGUAA